UGGAACUUUCCCAAAGUCAAAGAGAAGAUAUUGUGGCAGUCACUUCUGCCGCCAUGAAUCAGAGCAAUCUCAGAACCAAUCAGGCCCCUUUUGGCUGUGAUAUGUCUGUAGGAGUGACAGCCAAUUUUUCAGGGCUUUCAGUGCAGACAGUGGUUAAAUAAGACGGUCAUAAAGGACUUCAGGCUGAGAUUUUCUUUUUAUGGCUUAACAACGUGAUAGGCAAGCUGAGAAGCAAGACAUAAUAUCCAAAUGGAGGCUGUAAAUUGCGGUUUCGUUCAAAUGUCUGUUUGUAAAAUUGAUCAAAAAGCCAAAUGUGAUAUGUAAACAAGGCAGCAUUGUUCUCUAAACUGACUGUUUUUCUGCACACAGCCCAUGUCUACUAAGUCAUCUGUGGACAGACAACCACAGAGUGUAUUAUCAAUAGGCAUAGCCACCAAGUGGCUCACUCACAGAGUUUCUCUAUAGACUGUUAAAACCAUUUGAAUGAACUCAAACACAGCUGAGAAAGGUGACCUUCAUAAAAAUCCAUCCCCUCCUCAGUUAUCAAGGGGAGUGAAAUAAACCAGACAGAAUAGAGUAGUUCUUGCUUAUUUAAGGGCCUGUGUCCACUUCACUCUUGCAGCGCCUUAAUUUUUUUAUUGACAAAACCAAUGCAGUUCAGUGUAUUCAGCACUAGGCACACUAAGCACAAGAAUAGCCACAAUGUCAAUGUGUCUAGUGGUUUUCUCAGAGAGCUGUCAAAAAAACCAUCAACUUUUUGAGGAGAGCUUGUCAGGAUUGUGUCUCGUCAGCAACCAAUCAAAUUUAAACAAGGGUGGGACUUCUGAUAUCAACAACGACAACAAUGGCAGAAGUUUACAUAGGACACACUAGAAACAUUUGUUUUGUGAGGGUGUAUCUCCAGGUCAAACGCUGUUGCUAAUGCCAUUUCAACAAGUUUAUUUUAUAACUUUUUCUGGAAAAUGUAAUUUAAUCAAAUCAAACAAGCACACAGAGAAUUUGAAAUCAGACCUAACACUCACUGAAAAGGCAGCCAAAAAAUGUCACAAAGAAACUUUUGUUACCCAGCAGCUGUGAGCACCAGUGUAAAAAGUUGUGAAACUGAGGUGCUGCCAACUUAACAAAUGCAGUCAGAGGACACAGGCCCUAGCUCUGCUGCUAAAAUGGGCAUUUUCAGGCUGUGUCUCAUUUCAGAGACCGCAUCGGGAUAAACGCGCUUAACGGCGCUUAACUGAGUGCACUGCCGUUUUGUGCCGUUAUGUGCCGUUUUGCGCCGUUAUGUACCCUUCCUGUGUCCCAUUUCAGAGACCGCAACCGUCGAACGGCGCAUCUGAAGCGUGCGUGAGGUCAUCACACGGCACGAACGGUGUCCCUUUUGGCACAAAAUACUAAGCGCGCUUCAAAUUCGGUCUCAAAACCACACUACCCCCGCCUCUUUUUCAAGCGUGCAUAUAUGCACGCUUUCGUGCCGUCGGUAUCCCAGAAUUCUUUGCGUGCCGCUGCACAGCUUCGCAUUUCGGGUGAGAGGCUGGACUUGCUUGGAGACGCAGCGCGUCUUCAAAGAAAAUACAAGAAAUCCAAAAACAGCAGACAGUCAGCUCAGGCUGUAUGAGAGCAUGAUCUCUGAACUCACUAAAAUCUGUAAACCAAACAUUAUAGAUUUAGAGACAUUUAGUAUUUCUUAGAUACUACUUCAGAUACUAGACACGCCCACAUUGUAGGUUGGUUGCGGUGCAUCCUACGGGCAUGCUACUGACCCAAAAUGCACCGCGGGUUUCUUCUUCGUCCUCUUAAAAGUUGUAGAAGCGCAUGUGAUGCUAGCGCCACCAGCAUAGAUGCGUCGCGAACGCCGGCUGGCCACAGCAGCGCGCACCAUGGCGGUUUCAUGUAACUUCACACACUGUCCUAAAAAAUGUGCGGUUGUAUCUCUUUGUCAUGUCAUGGUGUCAUAUUUGCCCAAGUAAUCAUUUUAUGAGCAAAUAUGUGGCGACAUCAUGAAAGUAAAGCUCACUUAUUCCAUCGUUAAACUGCACAGCUGCAGUACUACAGCCAGGCCCGCAGAUGAGGGGCUUCAGUUACCACUGUCUGCAUGGGCGCAGUACCUACUCUCUGCCUGCGGGGGUCGUCUUUCCCCACCACUCAUCUAGUGUGUCCGAAUUGGGCCAACGUGUUUAGUCUGUAGGAGUAGGAUCUAGCAGUAGUAUGUAGCAGUAGCAUGUAGUAUCCGAGCGGGCAAUUCGGACGCAGCUACAGCCUCAGUGUUUGCCAAAGGGGAUUUUUCUACUGUUGCUCAAGCCAGCCUCAAGUGGACACUCAAGGAACUGCACUUCUGUAAAGGCUCCCUGUUUUAGCAUCAGAGGUCGCAGGUUUGAAAGAACACAAAGAGAUGAAAAUGUGGUUGAUGGAAGAGUUUGGUGGAAAAAAGGGAGUUGUACUGUGUGUAAUUACUUUGGAUUCAGGUGAGGUUGUUGGCUUGCAGCUUGGAUGCUCAGAUGAACACAUUUAAGUACUUUUGACCAGCUGAUCUUCACCAGACUAUUUUUAAAGCAGACCCUUUUGGUUUGUCAUGAUGUUUCAGACAAUAUUACCCCAGAUGCAGGCUACUUACACAGUGUAUACUACAGGGACUUCUUUAACAAAUAUUUUUCUUGCCUUUUUCUUUCUAUUAAAAAGCAUCUUUGAAAGCAGAAGCACAAACCAAAUAUAUCAGUGCUAGAAAUAACACUUUGAAAACUUCUUCUUUAAAAAAUUAAUAAUAAAUGCUCUCUUACUGGAUGUAAUUUCCCCCAAAGGACUGUCUUGUCUUCGGCCUCUUGUUCCCCUUAUUUGGUUCAAAAUUAUUUUGAAUUUCAAAGCAGCACUUGUAGUCCUUAAGGGCCCUUUGAGUUUACUUAUCAGAAUUGCUUGUGCUGUAAGAUAUUAAAACUAUUGAAUUAUGCAAAAGGGUAUUGGUAUCUUGGGUUAUUGCACAGAUCAUAAGAAAAAAAAUCCUUAUCAGACUCUGGCUUGCAAUGAGAGAAUAUCAGAGCUGUGGCAAAAGAAAAAAACUAUCCAUGAGUUUGAUCAUCAGGAUAACUUUCAAGCUUAACAAGGAGAAUACAAACACCCAGAGACUACAAUAUCACCUCCUCCACAGCAUGAAUCUUUGAGAGAUUUGACAUUGACUGUUUAAAAAAGCAUUCAUUCAUUUACUGUGAGAAAACGAUAGAAAGGGAGCAACUUUUAGUGUGACUUUUUGUUGAACAGAGACUUGAAGCAAAUUUCUGGGUGUAAAGGGCUUUCCCAACCAUGUGGGGGUCUGGAAUUAUUUGUAGUUAUUGAUUACUUUAUAAAAAAUGUUCUCCAAAAAGAAGAAAUGUACCACAGGCAAUAAGAAUUAGUUGUUCCACAUGUUACAUACAUAUUUUCACAAAAACUUGUCUCUUUAUUGAUCUUAUGUGCAUGAAGUGAAAUUAACAUUCAGAACAGGAUGUUACAGCAGAGGUGAGAUGUGCUCUGUCUUACAAAACAGCAGACUCUGAAGGCUGUAGAGAGGUGCGCAAGCUCACUCAUCCCACCACAUAGGGUGAGUUUAGAGAGACCACAAUACUGUCUUACUGAAUCGCUAAUUCUGCAAGUGCCUGUGUGGUUACUUAGCUCAGUUUCAUUUAGACUAUUAAACAUUAUUUUUUAGGUUCAGCAUUAAUUUUCAGCCAUAUGAAUACAAAGUUCACUUAGUUGUACACAUCAUCUUUACAUGUGUGCUCUUAACCUGGCCAUUCUGCAACAAUGUGUUAAAUAAAACAGCCAAAAUGGGGUUUGAAGUAAAUGAUUAAACAGUUGCACGCUGUAUAAUAACUUACACAUGAUUGAAACCAAUUAAUUUUCACAAAAAGUUGCACGUGCCUUGGAUGUCUGGGGUCACCAGUGUUAUGUGUCAUCAAACUGGAAUCAUUGAACAAACAAGGCUGGGAGACACACUGCUGAAGCUCUCUGAUCCAUCUUUUCUUACAGACAUGAAUCAGACUGAGAUCACGCUGCAAAAAUUCCAACCAGUGUCUGUUUUAGGGGCCAGUGAUAUACUGGGAAAGGAGGAAAUCAUCCCAAACAAUACAUACUGCUCCUUUGGUGUCCUGGCAGUGGAUAUAAUAUUAAAAAAAUGGAUCUCUGGAUGCCCCUCCAAUGGUUAAAACAUAACUAGCGGGCCUUCUUUAUGCCCUUUCAGUGGCUUAUUAGUAAAAAAAAAAGUGUCUGUUGGAUGCCUUCAAGGGCUACAAUGUUAGACCGUAGUCGCUUUUUCAGAAGAUAAAUACACCCAAAGUCUAAUCUGAAUGCCCUUCCAGUGGAUAAAAUGUAAAAUCAUGACUGAUCACAUGCCCUACCAUUGAAUAAAAUGUUAAGUUCCCUCUUAGUAGUUGUACCUGCAGGUACCCAAAUUUUCUUGGCCCCUGCCCCUCUAACAGCCUGAGUACGCCAUUGUUAAGGGCGAAGUAAAAAAGGAGACAAAAUCGAGAUGAAAACAAUCUGGUCUAAUUUGGUUUGAGCUGUUCACACACUUUCAAAGGAAAAAUAAAACAAUUUUGAGUUCGGUGUUAGCCCACAGUCUGAAUGCAGCCUUUGUGUUCCAGUCCGCUGGGUCUACUAUAACCAGCACAUUUCCCCAAUCCACAAAACAGAGCAAGCGCCUUGUCCUGAAACCAGAGUUUAUGCAUCUCGCCACACUUUGGCAACAUCGGCAGCAACAGUCAGCAGAAGUGGUGAAGUGAGACUCCUGUACUGACUGCACUGAGAAACCAAACCUGAGCUCAUUUCCUGACUGCUUAGAAUCAACAGAGCUGUCAGAGGAAGGAACAGCACAGGAGAACUUGAACGUCCAGGAAAGUAUCAGGUUUAUGAUGGGAAAUACAUGUUCUGCACAGAAUAUACUUUGUCAGAGUGUUUCAAUUUUCCUUGUGUGACUGUGCUGUGGCCAAAACUUGACUUUAGGAACUUGAGAUGAAGAACUUUUAACUAACUUUUGGUCCCUCUUCCUCAGGAUCACUGCUCAGCCUGGAUUUCCAGCUGCCUUGUCUUACUCUGUCCAGCUCCAAACUCAUACCACUCCCCCUUAGCCUUAACUCAACAUACCACCAUCUUUUGCAACCUUCAAUAAAUCAAUUUAAACUUAAUUUUCAUUUUAAUCUGAUUUAGCAGUGCAAAAAUUGUUAACAACCAACCAAUUUAAAAUUAGCAAAUUUGAAAUACAGAAUAAUAGGAUUUUAAAUAUUUGAUCAAAACCACAAUUACUAACGUUAAUCAAAUAUAAACCGAUCUGCCUGUGCCUGAGAAGCUGAUUGGUGCCAAACUGAUAAAAAGCUAUCAACCAAUCAGAGGAGAAAUCACCUGCUAACUCUACUUUGAAGUUAACCACAUCCCUGAUAGUAUCAUCACACAACUGAUUGUAUUAUAGCCAAAGCAAGAACUGUCAGUGCUUGCAUUUGUUCUUUGUUCUGUUAUAAAUGUGAAGAAGCACUCACUAGAAUUGGGAUAAGGCAGCAGAUUCGUUCGUUAUGCAGCACACUCACACUGCCGUGGGAGGUUUUCUGGCUUUUUAUGGUUUGGAGAUUGAGUUUAAUUAGGUCUUAUUUCGAUUUGUUUACCACUCUGUAGAAAGAUAGUUCUUGAACUGGGUUGGACACCUCCUUCUGUUAUAUUUCUUUGUUUGAUUUGAGCAGCACUCAGGACCUUUUCCAUUGCCUCACAUUUUUUCAUCACGGUCAUUUUUACCUCAUUUUAAUAAAGGACUUUGAUUUAGCUUCAACUCUUAUUUUUGUGCUGUUCUUCUUUUCCCAAAUGAGCUGCGUUGUAACACCUUUGAGCAGAGAAAUAAAAGUGUGAAUCAACAUCAAUAAGGCAAACUUAAAUAGAAGUAGACCAAAUUAUACUCAAAUCUGCUUAAAAGGUUUCCCCCACUGAAUACAAUCAGUGUUUCUGUGGGUUUUUGGGACCCUGAGCAGAAUUUAAUCUCCCAAGAUCACACUGUCAGAGUAACCUACAUCUCCAUCAACUAUCCACCAAGAUUACUCUCUUUAUUGGCCGUCUUGGUGUCCCCCUGGUGGCAAAGGGGCCCCAAGCAGCUUUUCAGUCAGCUUCCACUCUGUUGUUUAUGCCUGAGGCCCCUCCAGUCCAGAUAUUAGACUGCAGAUGAAGCAGAAAGAAAGAAACUGAGAAAAUCUUUUGGACUUUGUUUAUGAAAAAUGCCCUCAGCCCUCAAGUUUGCUGACCUACAUACAUCUAAUAAUCCCCCAUACCCACCACAUAAUGAUAUCUUGUCAGUAACCAGUCACAGCCUCACUUGGUCCUUACCAGUCAAAUCAAUGUAAAUGGAGCUGCCAAAAAACUGGUGAGUGGUUUAGUGAGCUUAAGGCACUGUUUACAAAAGGGGUAUGAGGCCAAGAAUUAAAAAAAGCACAAAAACCUAGUUUAAAGUCUCUUAGAGAAACCUGUGUAAGAAAAGAAACGUGAAGCAAAAGGUUUCUGUCCACCUGUCAGAGUUGUUUGUAUACAUUUCCUUCCAUUACAGUUACUUGAUAGUUUACGUGUCCUUAUUUGAAUGUUUGUAGAGUGAAAUCAUAACUGAAUGAUUUGGGCCAAAAAACACAUUUUCGUCAAAAAAUGACUUAGGCCAGUAUUUUUAUAGGGUGACGAUAUCGGGUCAAAUUUAGGGUUACAUAAAUUAAACAGAAAACAAAAUUAAACCAUUUGAAAGAUUUUAGUAUAAGAAAUCCAUCUUCACUCACUUAAAUGAUCAAAAUACUUCCUCAAUCACUUUGAUUUUGACAAAUUUGAUCCGGUUAGCUUAUGCUAAUAAUAGUAGCUUGAAACAGUCCAAUAGUGACUGUCACUUUUUUUAAAAAUAAACUUUUAUCAGUGUGGCCACUGACUGUAUAAAAUAUUAAUUAAACAUAAAAUAAAAAAGUUAUCAGAAAUAUUGAGGAGAACCUUUGUUUAUUUAUUUUUCUUAAAUCGUGGUUAGCUUUAGCAUAAAGCUAAUUUUCUAUAGAGCAUUUGGGGAUAGUUUUUGUCCCGUCUGGGAAAAUACUUUUUUGACGAUUUACCAAAACCAAAUUAUAAAAGAUAGUGGGUAUAAUAUGUCGAUCAUUUUUAAAAUAAAUUUUCAGCAAAGUUUGAUGUUUUUGUACAGCGGAAUCUUGUUUUACUUUGAAGGUUCUGACAGGAAGUGUACCGGUUGACGGUUGCCGUGUGUCCAUUGACGCUGCAUGCGGAGCUGAACGCAUCGCAUUCCGAUGUGAGCGAGAUGUAACCGCUGUGCGGAGUUUUUCUGUGUCCAAACCGUCUUCAAGCUCAAUUCAAAGGAAUAAAAUGUCCAUCGUGAUGGAACCGAACUCUUGUCCGGACGGUUACCGGGCUUUGAGCGACGGGGAGCUGAGCGAGCUUUUACAAAACGACGACAAAAUGGACCAAAUCAUUCGGCUUAAUGAGAAGGUAGGUACCCUCUGUUUCCCCAAGGAAACCAAAGUGCCGAAAGGGAUUUACAUUGUACUACCCCUUUGUUAAACCUCUUUUUCGUUUUCAACGAUGUGCUUCCAGAGUGUUACUGUUGUUUCUUUCUUCUCCUCUGAAAAAAUGUGCUUUUGUGUUUCAUAGUCAUUCACAUUUAACGCAAAUCCGCUUUGCAUGGCUCAUCGAUUGUCUGCGUGGCGAGUGGCCGGAUUCCCCAUUCGUUUCAUGGACGUUGUCUGCUAAUAUUUGCGGUGAAUAAUUAGUUGUUUUGACCAAAACAAAACACAAAUUACUGUAUUAGCGUGGUCACCAUAAAUGAUUUAUUCCUCUGGCAAUGGUCUCAUCGUGCAGUGAGAUCCACACUGAGGUGUUUGAGACCCCAUACGCGCCGUUGUGUGGUUUGAGUUCUUGCGCCAAACCCCCUUUUAAAAAUCCGGCAGUGUGUUUUUUCUCUGUCCGUCAGAUGGUCUGCACGGAAUAAGAUGGUGUUUGAGAAAAGAAUUACAAAUACCAAAGCGUUUUUCUCAAUUUGGCUGGAAAUCAAUAUGUUCAUAAAGCUUACUUGAUUUAAAAUACAACUUUUACAGCUGGUCACAUUCAGCCCUGUGUUCUCUACAGACUGUUAAUUCUUCAUAAAAAUGGAGUUGUACCUUGAUGUAGAGAAUUUUGCAGAAUUGGGCUGUCAUACCUGACAAAAUUGAGGCUAUCAAAAUUCCUAUUUCUUUCAAACAUACCAGGGACUUGAACAGUUUUUUAGUUGGGGGUGGCAGCUUGGGCACCUUGUACCAGGUGGCAUGAGAUAUAUUUGUGUUCUUAUUCAUAAAUGAGCAUUUUUUAACCUCUCUACCAGGAGUGUGCUUCCACUUUUUUUGUCUGGAGUGGUUUAACAGGGAUACUGGCCCAGCGGCAGUGGGUAUGGGAACUUUAAAGCACAUUUUAGAGCACUAACUAAUGAAAAUUGCAUUUAAGUACAAGGAAAAUUAGCCAACCUGUUGCAACAUCGUCCAAAAUUUGAUUUUCGUACUCCUCUGACAUGGCAUUUUGCUGAUCAUGGACAAGGAUUUUGAGGUGGCUUAAAAUUUUUUGAAAUGAAGUGCCUUGCAAAAUGAUUAACCGCAAAAUUAUGAAUUAAAAAGUAGUUAUGCCCAAAUAGAUUUGUAUUGAUGGGUAUUUUGAUACAGUAAAAACAAAAAAAAUGGAGGCGCACACAUAUGAGUCAAUGGAGCUUUUUGUCCUCGAAGGCAACCAUAGCUCCACCAGUAGGAGGGUUGAGCAAGGGAACUUCUCACUCUUGAAUCUGGCUGAUGGAUAUUGCUUAAUAUUCUCAUUUUUAUACACUGUACCUUUAAGAACUCAGAAUUAACCAGUGUAUCUGAAAUCACAACAAAAAGUUCUGACAAAUAAAAGUGUGUCUCACUGAAAUGUAAAAGAAGCUACUUUUACUGUUACAGUGUUGCCCCUCUUUGACACAAGCCACACCUCUAAGGUAAUCAGCCAAUCUUGGGUUCAAAAUUUGGAGUUGCACCAGUGGUGGCCGAUCACGGUUAAAGUCGGGGCACAUGCCACCCCUUGCCCCUCUUUCGGAUAUGCUCCUGCUGUGUGUCAGCAUGGGCCUCAUUUUUGAGGGGAAAUUCCACGUGCCUCAUUCAGAGUGUCAGUCAGUUUAAAGACACAGGAUGACCUUUCUGACGUAAAAGAAAACUUCAUCACUUCUUCUGUUUGUCAUCUCCACCCCCACUCACACAAACCACAAAUGCUCAGACACAAGGUGGUCCAGUGGUUCGCAAACUUUUUCAUGGGCCCCAUGUUGAUGAAGUUUGCCUUUAGGGUUUUCAAACAGAAAAAGACUGUCAGGAUUCAGCAGGCUAUAGAAUUGCAUUACGCUCUCAGCCAUGGGUGGAGUGAUAACGACAGUGUGCAGUGAAACACAACCAUGGUGGGAUAGUUGUGUUCUUUUUGUGAUUGGACUAACACCAAGGGAGAUUUAAACUGAAAAAAAUAAACAGUUUCGAUGAUUGGACCCCCACUUCCAGAACCUCAGGGCUGGAUUAUAUUGCAGUCUUACGCCACACUCUACUUCCUUGAUUUUAUUAAUAAACCAAAAGCUGAACGUUUUUUCAGCCUUUGCACAGUAACAAGGAAAGGCCCUGCUUAUUUGUCCCGUUUUUGGUAAAGCGAUAUGACAUUUGAAACCUGGCUCUGUGAAUGAAAUGGGAUGAUGGAGCUAAAGUGGUUGAGGCUCACUAAGAGGUCACGCAGUUCCCCCUCUGGGGCAGAGCAGAUUACUCAAAUCCACAAUCCAGACAGCUUGGGGGUGUUUUUGGCAUUUAUCUGUCAUUAUCUAAUAAUAAGGAUCUUUUGUUUGAAGGGAUAGUAAUCCCAUGAAGUAGUUUAUAGUUCUGUAGAUGGAGUACGUAUCUAACCAUGUACUGUAAUUAUUAUGGCUGGCUGGUUUUCUUACCCUCCCCUCAUCUCCAUGUGAGCUCUGGGCGCUCUCUGCUUCAUUAAUCUUAUGUUAAUGAUGAAUGUUAUGAAAACAGCUGAGAUCAUUUUACAUAGACUGAUUCAUACUUAAUAGCAUUCCGACUCUUUUCCUUAUCUACUCAUUUACCCUAAACAAAAAACCAAGAGUCAGUUCUUUCAUCACUGCCACAGGAGCUUUUCUUCAUCACGCAGACGGACUGAUCCGUAUUUCUUAUACAUCUUGAGGGUGAAUCCAGUUCACAGGAGCAAAUCUACAGUAAAAGACACAUAGAAGUGUUGGGACCUUGGCAGUCUCCAAUGUUUUGCAGCUGCGGCUUAGCUAUGUCUGUGUCGGUGCCAUAACAUUUACAGUCCACUGGCACCAAAUGAAGAGGAGGAAAGAGUAAUAUCACAAUACAGAAACAGCAGGCUGGUUCACAAGAGGGCUGCCGCUGAGAGCCUCCCAGCUUGUAACACAUGAAGUAACAGUAUUCAUGUUGGUGUAAAACUACAUUUAUGACUUUACUUGAAUUAAGCUGUGCAGUAAGUCGUGUAAUUAUGAUCCUGAACCCAGUUGGGUUGAAUUGGGGUGUUUUUCUGAGUUCUGUCAGCCUGGAUUAUAUGUCUGCCAGUCUCUGUUCAGCUAUAUUUCAAAAUGGAAGUGGGUAAACCACCUGAAAUCCCCAUCAGUUCAGAGUUUUUUACUCUGAAAUUAGCUACCUGCAGGGUCUGAAAAUGUCUCUAAUUUGCUGGCCCGGGCGGUCUAGGCUGAUGGUUACUAAUGAGUCUGGUUCUGCCUGUUUUUUUUACUGCUGCUCCCUUCCAGAAUAAUAUCUAUAUUAAUAAUAAUCAAUAUGUUGCAUAUAACAGUACAUGGAGAUAUCUGAUAACUGAACAAACCUGACCAGCACGUGUAUGUAAACUUGUUAAUGUUUUAUAUUUAAACUUUGAAACAGAAACUUUUUUCCUGUUCUUUUAAAUGCUACUCAAAUUUCUGCCAUAUUGAGCUGUGAACACCCCUUGUCUCUUACUUACUGGUUUUUAAAGCAGCUAUAGCAUGCAUCAGCCUCUUGUUACCACUGUCUUCUCUGACACCCUGCCGUCUUUUCCCAGCAGUGUGCAGCUGUCUACUUCUUCCUUGACCUAGUGACUGACCUUUCCAUGUACCCCAUUAUGUCUCUACAUAACAGCAUAGGGUCAUAAAAUCAAUAUGCAGUGUGUCCAAAUAUUUGGACAACAUAUUACCAGAUUGUUAUUUUGUCCCAGCCUUACCUAAUUUCUUUGUUCCAAACUAGAGUAGAGUUCUUCAUGUUUCAUCUGCUUUGGUUGCAUUAAGGUCAAGAUGUGCAUAACUCAAGGCACAGGUGAUUGUUGUACUUUGACCCUAUCGGUCUCAUGCAAACAAGUCCAGGUGGCAAUAAAGGGCCAGAGUGUUCAUUAAAUCAUGCAUGUAGUAUAUGAUACAGAAGGUCCAGACAUUUAAAGGGAUAUUCCGGCGUAAAAUUAAUUUAGGGUCAAACGCACUGUAACAUCAAGGAGUUAGACACCCCAUCGAGAGAUGAAUAUUGCCGACUGCUUGCUUCUCUAAUGCAAUCAGACCGAGACGCUAAGGCAGAAGAACGAAGAUAUUAUGAUAAUUACUCACAGGAAAUGAUAAAGAAAUGGUCAUAAAUGUUCUUCCUUGAGCUGCGUCACCCCGCAGCAGUCCGUAAUGGACUGGCCUGAGGUCUCGCUACAAACAAGCGGCUGCUGGAAGAGAGUAGGUGAGUUGUGUUUAGUCUCUUUGCUAAAGAAAUUAGGCAAAGUUAAAAAGAUGUUUGGUGGCUAGUGCUGUGGCUGGGACCCUAUAUGUACUGUUGAUGAAGUAAGGUGCUGUUCUGAGAAUCAUUGGUGGCUAUAGAGUGCGAUUUUGGUCAAGGUUUGUGUGUGGCCCCUCAGACUGCUGUGUAUUGCUAUCGUACCGUUGUUACUAAAAUUGGUAUAACUAGAGAAGCAAGCGGUCGGUAACAUUCAUCUAAAUUAAUGUUACGCCAGAAUAUCCCUUUAAUCGACUUUAUCAUAUUAGCCCCCAACCUCAGUAUCAGACUAUAUGUGUGAAUGGAGCAGGUUAAUAUGUGGAGCAUUUACAGUGAGUGAGUGAGUGUGCAUGGAAAACUGUCAUUAUUAUGAACCGGUUCAACUCCUGGCCUGGAUCAUGUCCUCAGGUGCUAACAACCAUGUGAAUCAAUCAGAGUACUUCUAGUUGUGUAGACCUGUCUCAUAUGGAAAAUCUCUAGCUAUGUGCGGCAUGUAAUAGGUCGAGUCCAGACAAUGUCCACACUUGAUUAUUUUCCAGACACUGUCCAGAUAUCAUAGCUUUGAGAAAACAGCUCCAAGGGAUUAAAUAGAGUCUGUGAAGCUGCAGAUCAAAGUACUAAAAAUGCAGAGUGAAAGAAGCUAGAAAAUGCUCAAACUGAGGGAAACUGAGGGUUUUAGGGUGACAUCUUUCACGUUGCACAUGGCUUAGAUGUAUUUGAAUAUUGUUUAUGGCGUCUGAGGCUUGGUUUCAAGCUUGUUGAAAACAAGCGCGGGCUGCUGGAAGAAUUUCAAUGCAUAGAAAAUACUACACCCUGUCAGUAUCAUAAAUCUUAAAUUGGUGGCUUUGUAUUUCUGGACCCAACUUAGACUUGAGCCACAUCAGAGAGAAACUGACCCCUGCACUGUAUGUUGUCAGACACCACAGGAAGCAAAAGUGCUGCAUCUAGUCAUCCGUCGCAGAAUUUCCGGUUCUUUAAGUGCUCCCCAAGAGUUAUUUGUCAGGGAGCGUAAACACCGUCAGGACAGUUUUAUAGCUCAUACAUCAAAUCAGAAAAAAACACUCCCUCCCUGAAGUUUGUAGCAAUUGUUGUUUGAUAAACGGGGCGGACUACUCUGAGCAGGAAAUGGAUUGUCCACUUUGAUUCCUGUUUGAAGAAAACGGGGCGUAUGAUUGGCCUGUUUAGUCUGAAUGGAGCUGUGUUAUCUGCGUUCUCACAGGACAUGUUUCAGAGUGAAUAGCAGAUCUAUGAUAUCUUUUUCUGCACUCACACAGACCUUCUUUUUACUAUGAGGGGCACAUUCUGCAAAUUUUUCUCAACUCGGGACUCUUGCAUCCUUUUGAUGACCCGUAAAAUGUGAGACAGAUGCAGCGUAGAACAGUGGACUGAAUGAAACAGCCUUCGGGCUUGUAGAGACUGACUGUUGAAAGAAAGCAAUAGAGCAAGAAAAGGAUCCGGCCGGGCUGAAACACAGGAAUGCGGGGACUGAUAGAAGAGUCAGAAAGGGCUCAGAUCUUGCGCAGAUUAAGCUCACAAAGUGGCAUUGUGUCUGUGAUCGAGACUCCGGCUGUUACUGUACACCAGUGCUUUGUUGGCAGAACUUACAGGGAGUGGCAUUCAUUUUAAUAAUUCAUGUUUUCUAUGCUCUGGUGACAAUGAUUGGCCAUCCCUCCCCCAUGUACUUAUACAGCAACCACUAUCCUCCAGCCCCCAGCAGCAUGUCAAACACAUCAUACAACACACUUAAGCCACAAUCAUGGAGAACUGUGACCUUUGACCCUGUAAAAGCUUUGAUUGAUCGUGGAUGGCCAUCUCAUACGGAUUCCAAAAACUGUAAAAAUAUACUUGCAAUUAUACUUGGGUGGCCCAUCCAGGUUAGGGGUGUCCCGACUAUCAAAAAGGAUAUUGACAAUGUUUAUAUUGAUAUUGAGGGAAAUUAAUUUUUGGUAAAUAUGGUUAUUUUUAUUGCCCAGCCCUAUCAGCCUGCAUCUAAACUCUCCAAUGUCAGCACUCCGACACAAGCAGUCCAUUCCAGACUCCACUCCAGCACCUCUAUUUAGCAGCACCUGGAUCCAGCAUGUAGAGCCCAUGUGAUCACAACAACAGUAUGUAUUAAGGUAUUAACAAGGUACCAAGGAGUAGGAGUGAUGUGAGCCCUGUGGCAGGUUUUUUCAUUAAAGUCAGAAAAAGACGUUGCAGCUGAGUGCAAAACUUGUCGUGCACGAGUUUGUGCUAAUAUCGGAUCAAUAUCGGUAUAGGCCAAUAAUGAAGGCCACAAUAUUGGUAUCGUAUCUGAGUUAAAAAAAAAAGUUGUAUCGGCACUCCCUCUGUGUGAGAAACACUGGAGGUUAUUCUAGGGCGUGAUGGAGCAAAGUCAACCCAUAUGCAUUUUUGACUUUACCUGCUUGGUCAAAUUGUCGUAUGCUGUCUGAAACAGUUUUGUGCGUGUGUGUUUUUUUUAGCAGUUGUAUUGUCAACUGAUUUUGCUGUGAUUUAUUUGCAAUAAUAAAUCACAGCAAAAUCAGCAUGUGAUUGGUUGAUUUAUCUGUCGGUUUUACAGUGACUAGUUUUCACCAUGAGAGGCGUUCUCUGAGUUUAACCCGCUUCAACAGGUUGUUGUUGUAGAAAAGGCAACCAUGAUGACACGUCUGGUUAAAGUGAGGCAUUGUGGGGAUUUUGGACGGUCUCGGUGAGGCAAAGAUAGCCUGCUGACCAGCCAACGUCACGUCGUGAUUCAGGCCUACAGCGCCCAAUCAUGGAGUUGAAUAAUGUAAACGCAGCAUGGUUGUUUUAGACCAAUACUUCUCCCCCCUAACGACCCAGGAUUGUUUUUCUUCAUGUUUGAUUUUCUGGCUUUGAAAGCUCUUUUUUAAUCCAUACUCCAAAAAAAACCCAUCAUACUGAAGCUUAAAACCCAACUUCUUCAAGGUUUUUUUUCCUUUGAAACCUUUGAUUUAGAAAAAAAAGAUAUUUGUCGGACAUAAAUAAUUCUGUUUCAAAGAAUAACCACUUUAAAGUUGGAAAUAGCACGCAGCAGUUGAAGUGAGAGAGACUGUCAGUUUUUAAUGAUCGGCGUCUCAUUUGGAAGUAAAAGAAAAACUGUUGUGUGUGGUAGUUACAGGCUGUUUUACGGUGGAAUAAGACCAAUUUUCAUCUUUCAACCUUGAGCCUCUUAAGUGUUUGCCCUGCUGUUUAAAAGACAAACAGAAAACUUUCCAUUUUCCACACACUUUAGCAGCUACCAAAGCAAGAUGAUUGAAACAGCAAAAAUAAUCCUCCAAAUUUUUGUUUCGUAAUAAGUCCAAAAAGAAAAAGCAAAUUUAACGUAAUUUAAGUGGAUAUUCCUCUGAGGUUAUCUUGAUUUCUAUCACUCCCUGUCUUUGCCCCCAUUUCCUCCUCUGUCAUGUGAAAGCAAGCCUGGAAAAGACCAAUCUGAUAUUUGAUUGGUAUUAGACACAACAUGCAAUCAUUUUGCAGAAUUUCCAGACUCUCCAGACUUGCAUCAUUGUCACACUUUCCACUGGGGCCUUUCUACGCUCUGUUGAAGUAAAAGCAUAGUUUGAUUCAUGUUGUUGUACAAGUAGUCCUGCAACUGCAAGGCCAUCCCCGGUGCUGGUAUGCUGAUGAAAAAAAGGUGACUGAUGGAGCUUCUUUCCUUUAUCAGCAGGUGCUUUUGAGGCGCCUGUACAGGACACUUCACCUUCAGUUGAUUCAAUGUCCUGUGCAACCUCCAUUAGCUGGCAGAGAAAGAUAAAGCCUUGAUUCCUGUUCCCAGUGACUUUCAAAUAAACAGAAGGCUUUUAGAGUUCAGCUCGGAUACUCUCUUUCCUCUCUGGGGUCAUUUAGGGCCAAACAAACUUGUGUAGCUGUCUUACUCAAGAGCUGCUCAGACUUUUCUUUCAGAAGUUUAUUUUAAGGCACCAACGCGACAAAGCAUUUACAGGGGCUCUUUGCUGAAACAGAGUGAUUGAGAGUUGUUGUGGUCUCUACAGCACUGCAGUGUUGAAAGCUUAACAGCUGUGUUACUGCACGUUUUGACAGCUUUUCAUAUCAGUUAUAGGGCUGAAAUGUAAAAACUAGGGCGAUGUGAAAUUUCAUAAUUUCACGUCGUAUAUUUGCGUCAUUCCCGGUGUGUAAGGACCUUUAUUUUUAAAUUUGAAAAAAAAAAAAAAGAUUUUUUAACAAAAACAUUGAUUUAAAAACUGUAAAACACAAAAUUGCGAGACUUUUGUGAAUCGAUUUUUUUCUCCCACCCCUAGUAAAAGCUACACAGAUAAAGUUAAAGUCAUACCGAAUAAAGGAAAAGAGCUUCAAAGCUUCAGCGCAGAAAUAAUAGACUCCACUGUCAAAGGCUGACUUUUGAUUUGUGUUCAGUUUCAGGAGCUUCAGGUGGAGAGGGAGACACUGCUGACCUCCAACCGGAGCCUGGCCGAGGAGAGCCUAGCCCGACAACCCCGCCUCUGUAACGGCAAACUCCAGCUGGCGGAGAAAUACCGGGAACUGUCCAACCUGGCAACCACAUGCUGGGAAAAACAGAGUCAGCUUGGUGAGUUUACCCCGACCAUUGAUGAGACAAUAAGUGUGGAGGGGCAGGAAAUGAGGGGUGGGGACUGUUGUCUCUGGUUCCAUAUUUGGAUGCCAGUGCGAUCACUGUCGAGUCAUAAGUCAGGAGGAGUGUGGUCGUGAUGACAAGGUGAUUGGGUCAGAUUCCAGGGCUGGAUGGGUAAAUAUGGACUCGCUAAGUAGGAGGGAGGCCCUGUCAGGGCAAACAUAGCUGCCAUUUUUCAGAUGAUGGACAUUUUUCACUAUGACUUUGACUGAUCAAGGUUUAUCUUGGUCUUUUUAUUACACAUAGUUUGUUGUCACCAACUUAUACAGACUUCAGUGAAAACAAACCAAAAGAAAACUUUGAGGACAAAAGGUUGAAUCCCCAACACUUAAGGUUAAAGCAAAUUAUAUGUGAUAUCCCACAGUGGCUCCUCUUUGUCUCACCUUUAAUUGCAGCAACGUUCGCCGAGUUCACCGCACCGCUUUCAGACAUAGAAAGCAGAAUGAAUCGUUCUUGACUCACUGUGACUCUCUCGCUGCUUUCAGAGUGAGGGAAGUCUCACAUCGGGGUACAGAAUGAGCGUCGAGGGCCGGCGAGAUGAGGCUUCAACCGCUCAGCAAGCGCCUCGGCAUGACUACAGUUCGGUCAUGGGAACGAAAUGGAGCAUAUCAAAUGCCAGCAGGAAGCUUGCAGCAGUUGUCAGGGAAUUUGCGGGGUGAAAGGGGGCCUUGUCUUUGUUUAGGCAAGUCAUGCUUGUGACAGGGCAGCACCAGAGGAUGUCUUUUUAAGCCUCAAGCCCCUAAAUUUUAAGCCUCAUGGGCAAGGCUUUAGAAAUUCCUCUCUGUGCAGCAGCAAUGCCAAGGGCAGGUGAUAAAAUAAAUCCAGUGCAUUAAUUUCCAGAGGUAAUGUCAACCGCUGCUUAUUUAUAACUCCUGUGUGGAGGCUUUUAUAGAGCAAGCCCGGUGCUCGGUUGGCUCUAAUGAAACAGCGGUUACCAGAUUUGUGCUCCAGCCUCAGCUGCCGGCCAGUGAUGGAAGUUGGGUGGAAUGUUAAACUUCCCCUCAAUGUGUGUGCAUUGCACAGAUGCGAUCCCACCUCCCCAGCAAAGCAGGAUGGGCGGGGGUCCGUCCUUCCUCUUGCAAAACAUCUGACUCUCAUUUUCUGCAACAAGGGAACGAGUGGAAAGAGAUGAAUGAGGAGGCUUUUCUGCAGCCCAGUGAUCGCAGCAGAGACAAACUGUGGAGUGGAUCAAGGCAGACGGCUGCAUUGUUUAGUACAUCCUGCUGUUUGUUCGACCAGGGAAAGCUGGCAGAGUGCUGUGGUUGUAUUGUCAUGGUCUCCAGGUGGACUUGAGACCUUGGUGUGUUUCAUAACUGUCUCACAACUAUUCUUAACGUCUGCUUCCCUCUGCGUCAUUCUGCUGCUUGUCAGAAAUCAUUUACACUGACUCUAACAAGUUUGAGACUUCAGAUCACUCGUUUUACACGUAUCCUCACAAAUAGGUGACCAUUUUAUUUCAAAUCCAACUGGUCCCGGCAAUCUGCGUAUAGUUUCCUUGUUUUCCAGCAUCAACAUCCUGAUCAUUCUGUUCAGGAUGUUGGCCACAGUCACACCAAGAGCCCCAGGUGUGGUUCAGGGCUGUCGGUUUUUUUCCUCUGCUGGAUCACAGGGCAGGGCUUGACACUAACUUUUUUUCACAAGGAGCACAUUAAGGACUUGAGGGCACAAUAAAAAUUGAUCAAAUAAUGUGUGCCUUAUUGAUAGACAUAAGUACUCUUGUUUGAAAUCAAUUUUAGGUCAAUUGGUCACAUGACAUGGAAGCUAUUGAGGGAAAACAGCCUUUUUUGAGAACAUCAAUUUAUUGAUGGUGCCUUAUAUAACACCCAACGUUGACAGUGAGGGUGCCGAGUAGAUUUAAAUGCGCUGGUGUUGCUAUUACCGGUUAUUGAGAGUGAGAAGACGCCAGUAGAUUUGCCGCAAAUGUCCGUUGAAUAUCCAACCUAAAACUAACUUCGCCUCGGUAUUUACAUGAAAAAACAUUUAUUGCCUCAGCUGAUUUUUUUUUUAUGCUCACAUGUGCUCCUAAAUACAUUUUGCAAUUCACACACAUCUAUUUUUAGUCACAAAUGGGAGUGAAAUGGUCGCACUGUAGAGCCCUGCAGGGAAAACUUGUGUCCAUAAGAAGUGAUGGUAAAGAUGACAGCUAUCUUUUCUUUACUGCACAAAACACUGAAAUCAAAAUCUGUGACAUCUGUUCUGAUGAGGAGAGGGACCACCGGGCUCAUAAUUAACUCACCAUUCAAAACCAGCACCAGUGAUGGUAUGAGGAUACACAAAAGCCUAUGCUUUGAGUAACUCACACAUCUGGGAUCAGGUAAUGCUGAACAAUACAGGUUCUGGAGUAACGUAUGCCGACAUCCAGAUCGAGAGAUUUUCAGGAAAGACUUAAGCGAAACAAUGCCAAACCACAUCCUGCACAUAUUACAACAGCAUGGCUCUGUAGUGAAAGAGUCUGAGUUAUGAACUCAUUGGGAUGAAAGAACAGAUGAUGAAUGGUCAACGAGGGUACAUGCCCUGAUACAACGUUUUUCGACACGUUUAAAAAUGAGCAUUUCGUCUUCAUAGAACUGUUAAAUUUCUCAGUUUCAUCAUUUGAUGUUAUUUUCCCCUCAAACUUUUUGGAAUCAGGUUUGUACUUCAGACUGUGAAGUUUUGAAGUUCAUGGGUCAUCACCUGGUUCGAUCAAAUGAUUAAAAUUAAGAAUGAAACAUGGUCACUCAGGAGGGUUUGGUUAAAGUAAUAAAACUUCUCUGUGGUUUUUUUGCUCUCCAUAUAUCUUUCCAUAAUUUAACUCAAUAGCUGAAAUGCAACCAUAAAAUCUCUGAUGAUGCUCUUGUUGCUAUGGGCGAUGAGGUAUUGUGUUACAAACACAGCAUGGACAUGGAGGGGGGGCCCGAGCAGGCCACUGUAUUUUGAAACUAUGAGAGUUAUCUCCAGCUCCAGUUUGGCUCUCGCACUGCUCACAUCGUGAGUUCGAAGCGUGUCUCACCUAGAAUGCAUGCAUCUGUGUAAUGUAAACACUCGCCUGUCAAAAACCAACUGCUGCAAAACUCCAGAGCAGAGUGUUGAGGUCAUUUUAAAGGAAGUAGGGGAAUUCAUGCUGUUGUUUUCACUCUCAUUAGAUGUGAAUGGUGAAGUUGAGCAAUCACACUGAAGGGCAGGAAGCAGAGAGGGUGAAAAGUUCUGUGAACAAGAAGCAAAACUUUUCCCAUCCUCACAUCUCACGUUGGUCAGUCGUAAAAGAGGAUAUUAUAACUUUGUGAUGUUUUGGAGAAAUAACCAAAAGAAAAGCCUCAAAAUCUACUCUCAGUUAAGAGUCUCACCUUGUUGCAAGUCCUGUGUAAGAAUAACCCGACACUUCUGGACGUCACUGUUGUUGGGUGUUGUUACAUGUAUAACAAAGCAUAUUUCUGAGCACACUUAACAGAGAGAGGCUGGGUGUGGUCGGAUGAGCAACAGCGCUAAAACACACAACCAGAGAGCACAGAUGAUUGAUCCUUUUGGAGUUACUCACUGAAAACAUUGAUCUUAAGGUGCUGUCUAGAUUCAGCUCUCAAAGUGACAGGCCUGUUUUCAUCCACACACAGACUCUUACUGAGGAGAGGCAGUGUUAAAUAUGUAUUUAAGAAGUCUUGACCCCUUUUUGUCUUUAUUGAUGAGAUCAAAAGUGUUGACAGCAUUUCAUCCUCUGAGAUAAUUUCAGCCCACAUCCGGUUCUAUUAAAAACAUCCACCAUACACAGAUUGGCUGUCGCUAUGCUUCACACACAGACAGAGACAGCUUCUCUCUAGUUAUUGCUGUUUAGAAAAUCCAUAUUUAAACAGUAAACGGUGACAGUAACUCUCUUGAGAGCAGCUUCUAUAAACCAGAGUAAUCUGCAGCUGCAACAGACAGGUAGAGAUAUCGAAAAGCAUUAACCUAACAAGAUUGUAGUUUGCUAUCUAAGUAUGUGGGCGCUGAAAAGCAUCCUGGGACGCUUGGAUGAAAUCGCGGCCAAAGCAGAAGUGGUUGAGCUAAGGCGGGUAGAGUUAAAUGUUAUUGUACAUUGAAUUUCUUUUUAUCUCUUCUUAUUAAAUUUAAUAUUUUUUAUCAUUUCAAAAGUGGACUUUGGUUUGUCCAAUAUUAUUAUGGUGUCCAUAUCAAAUCAAACAAAAAAUAAAACAAGUUUAAAACUGAGGGUCACGCUGAUCUGAGGGCUUCCCGAUACGUGAGCAGACUCCUCUAAGGUUUUCUGACACUGUGGAUGUCUUAGCAGAGACAUGAACAGGUUUGUUGCUGACAGAACCAGGACUCAGUUGCUCUCUUAAAAGUGGUUAAAUGAUCACUCAGGGUGUCCUUAAAAUGGCAGAAUAGAAGAAAAGGCAAGACAAGGGUGGUGUGACUCAUUAAAUGGAACUGAUUGCUUGAUACAGUCAUCUGUUUUUGAUGAUGUUAAAAGCAAUGCUUCAACUUUGCCCCACUCAUUUUCAACAAACACUUUUUUCUUUAAUCCAAUAAGUUCCCUCGCUGGCAUGGAAACAUUUUUGGUUACCUUCUUUUCAUGUUUCAUCCUCUCUGACAUGAUUUGCUCUGCAGUGGUAGCCUCUCGCUAUACAGGCUAGCUAGAUAGCUGGUUACUGAGUCUGGUGGCAACAAGCAUAAAGAACCAAUACUGCCCCCUAAGAAAAAGUCACAUAGUAUUAGGGCUGGGUGAAAUGGCCUUAAAUCUACAUCACGAUAUAUUGAGCAGUUCACCUCGAUAAUGAUAAAUGGACGAUAACUACUCCACAAGCUGCUCAACCCCUCCCAAAUUAACAUUGUCUACUUCAGCCGUCGCUCCAGCUGCUACAACUUCCGAACCGUCCUCCAUCUCCUCACCUCUCUUCCCUCUUUGUUACGGGCUGGAUGGGGUGGAGUCACGUUUCCAACGUAGGACAGCGUCUUAAAGGGACAUGAGACCAAAGCUUACCUUCACACAUCCAAAAUCAACUUCUAUUUAUUUAUAUUUUUGACACUGAAUAUGUUGACAUGGGCAAAAUGAUGUCGGUUGUUGUCAUAAAUUUUGGUAUCUGUAAAUUUUUAGUUUAUCGCCCAGCCCUACAUAGUAUUACAAUAUGCUAAUGCUGCGUUUGAGUAACCUUGGAAGUCAGAUGUCCAAGCUGUGACUGAUGUCACACCUGAGUCAUCAGUGCCAAGUCAGAAAAAAGCGAAAUCGGAGGCAGAAACAAGAUGGCUACAUCUACUAAAGUUAUUUUAGCGCUUGCCUUGUCCUUGCUUAUAUUCGGAGAAGCGCUAAAAUAACUUUCAUAGAUGUAGCCAUCUUGUUUCCGCCUCCGAUUUUGCUUUCUUCCGACUCGGUAACUUGGAUGUGACGUCAUUCCCAGCUUGAACUUCUGACUCCCGAGGUAACUAGAAUGCAGCAUUAUUUCAACAACAGCAGCAUAUUGCAACAGCUCUAGUUCAGACGUUUGGUCUUUCCUAUUGACCCGUUGUAAAUACUGUAGAUGUUGAAUUUAAAACCAGCUUUUACUUUGAAGUGAUAUCAAAUAUUUGACCGUAGCUGAAUCCAAAUAGACUUCAGUGGCUCUGCACCAACACCAUGGUAGACAGCCUCAUGUCUGCUGGCAUCAGUUUAGUCAAACUGUUGCAGGUAGACUGUGGCUGAUCAUUUAAAGCCAUUGAAAGCUUGCAGCUGUGUUGCUGCCUCAGUCUACCGACAACAGCUAGAUUGUACCUUUUGUCUCUGAUAAUUCCUCUUUUAUGUGCUGUAAUCCAUGUACAAAUCCACAUUUAACAUUAAAAGAGCAAGAUUACAUGUUUUUGGAGCAAACAAAAUUAAAAAGAAUAUUGUGCCGAACCUUUUCCAGUGGACCACACAUUAAAUCCUCUGCACACCCACGAAAUAGAGACAAGUACAGGUCAGCCUGCGGCAGGACUGUGCUUGUUCUGUCUUAUUUUCAUUCUUGUAUUUGUGAUGUUGGGUGUGGACAUCAGGACGGGAUUAUGGGCUUGUUUGUUGUUACUGUAGCAGAUCUAAGCAAAUGUGAACUCUGAGAAAAAGCUUUUAUAUUCCCCUUCCUCUGGGAACACAGCUGACUGUAGGUGGAGAACAAAGUGCAUAUGGUGUCUUGUAAUAUUUCAUGCUUUCUUUUGGGGGGUUUCCGUCGUCAGAUUUAAAUACAAGAAUCACACUCUUUGACUCAAAGUCAACAAGUCUCCUGUGGAUUUUAAGGAUGUGAAGGAUGUGAAGAUUUCCUUGUUUUUCUCAGUACCAGGUACAAACUUUGUGGUAUAUUUUCAGACAUUUAUGAGAUGUUUUUCUGUCAGGUCAUAUUCACGUUAGCUCAGUUUCUGAUUCAUAUUUCAGAGAUUCACAGAGUAAAGAUGCUGAGCGUGUUCCUCACUGUUGGUAGCUCUUAGUUAAAGUUUCCAGACAAAACACAGGGUAGAGAUCAGGUGCACGCUCUCUCUAAAACACAAGGGUUGAAUUCCCAGUAGAGGCACUUUCAGCUUGGUUGUGCCUUUGAAAAUAAUUGGCUGUGUUUGUUUGUGUGAAGCCUGUAAGGGUUCUCUCUGUUGUUACUGCUGGAAGACCUGAGAAAAAUCUCUAAUUGGUAUUUCUCUGACCAAUGCAGCGCCUUUGUUUUUAAUUCACUUCUCCUCCCUGGUUAUUUAACUUGAGGUUAGUACAGGGAGAUAGAAAAUAGACUCAACCAGCAUCUUUAUCUGGUUUCUGUUCUGUCUGAAUCAGAUAACAAUGUUGGUGGUACACAAAGAUCCAUGGAGAUCAGAUUGAUCUAAAUAUUUCCUGAGACUAACAAGACCUCAGAGAAUAAACAAACAGAAAUGAAGCAGCGGCACAAAUUAAGAUCUGAUCAUCAAUCUAAAGCUCAUUAAGAUUGUCACUUUGCUUUACAAAGUUUUUAGAAAACUCAAGAGCAACGAAAAUAGUCAUUUCUUUCAGCCGUGGCAAAACUCUACCAGAGGAUCCAAAUCUAAGUGGCUGUUUACACAGAAACUUGCCGUAAAAACGGUAAACUACUCUUUUGUUUUGGCUCUUCUUUGACACCAAAACAGAGUUCAGGGUGGCUGAAAUGAGCAGCCUGUUGAAACUGGGUUCAGAUAAAUAAAUUAGAUUUCAGUUUCCGUUAUGUUCAGGGCUGCCCAGUAUCACAAAGAUAUGACAAUCAAGACUGACUGAUAUUGUACCGCCUGCCCUGUGGCACCAACUUUCACUUCAUCAGAAGCUGCUGGGAUCAAUGUGAAACAAAGUUUGGGAACAGGAGGAAGUUGUGGCUUCUUCUAAGACUAAAUGUGGACCAGCCACAGGCCACAAAGGCUAUGUUCACACUGCAGGUCAAUUCCAAUUUUUAACCAUAGUGUGAACAGUGCAAUUCUGAUUUUUUCAAAUCCAACCCAGGCCUCUCUUGUAUGUGGAAAUAAAUCUGAUAUGUAUCCGAUGUGUCUGCAGUGUGGACGCUCAGGCGCGUUCAUCCGACCUAUAUGUCAUCAAUAUGCGACAAACAUCACCAUUGUACGACAACACAAACAGGCGCGGAAAGCAAUUUGUGCUUUGUGCGCAUGCGGGUCACUUCACGGACGCAUUCCGUUCACAUUAGAUGCCGCAUUCGUUGUUGUAAUGUGAACGACCGCACAAAAAGAUCGGAUUUAACAAAAAAUCUGAAUUGUGCAUCAUAACCUGCAGUGUGAACGUAGCCAGAGAGAGGAUAGCAGGGAGAGGAGGAGAAGAGAGGAAAACAAGGAGAGGAGCAGGAGGAGUCAGGUGUGCGUAUUCAUGUCUGUCUGAAAGAUGUGGGACAGAAUUAGCACAGAAAGUGAUCCUGUGCCCGAUUACUUCCUAACUAAAGACUGCUGGUCUCCAAAGUGAAGACCUUGUUUUGAAUAAAACUAAAAUAGACGCCUCAGCUUUGCCGUUGUGAAGGAUGUUACACUGAAUGAUAAGUCUGAUCUGCAGCCUCUGAUCAAAUGUAAAUGGUAAAAGAGCUCAAAGGUUCAGUUUAUUAUGACACUGCGUUUUUGUGGGACUGCGUUCCCAUGUGCAUGGGAAUUGUUUUCCCAACAUUGUUAUAUGACCGUGGAUUAUUUUUGUGGUGAACAGACUUCUAUGAUUUGAUAGGGCCUGAUCUCAUCCAAACAAAGUCUCAGACCUAGGGUAGAAUAACAUCGACAGCCACCAGUACAUGACUUUAAAAACAGUGACAUGAGAAGGUUCAUAUUAAACAUGAGACAUCAGCAGGAGAGAUGAGCCAGUGGACCUCUCUCUGUCUUUGUGAACACCUGCUGAGCAUAUGUCAGGCGCUGCAGGUGAUCAGACACAAAGGGCAGAGAGCUACAAGAGACUGUCAGGAUCAUUUAUCGUUUAUGAGAAUAUUAUACGGGUAUUAAAAACUUCAAAAAAGUCAAAAUGGUCUGAGAGUAUCAUGGGGCAGCUGAAAACAUACUUGGGAAACCCGUAUCAUAGUAUCACUGUAGGAUGAAACUUCUGCCUGAAAUAGACAGUUACAAACUUGGACAGUCUCCUCCCUGUAUAGCUUGAUUCAUCUCUUGGUUAUCAACUACUUUCAAAUAACAGCAAUAGCUUUAUUUGAUAUCAGAGCGAAACUGGAGAUGGCUAUCCGCUGUUGCUCAGGGUUAAAAUUAGCUUCACAUGCUCACAGGAAACACUGCUCCACAAACAAUGACUCGAUGUGCGUAGGAGAUCAGGACACUCCGGCUGGUAUUUACAUGACAACCCAACAUCCACCUACUACACCAAGUGUCUGAAAUAGACUUUUCCGGCCUCUCUUCUUUGCUGGUCUAACACGGCCCAGCUCUUAAUUAGUCAAAACUUCUUCUUUUUCCAGCUGGUGUCGCUCCUCGUUUUGCCAAGUGCAAUUAAUUAGUGAUGAAUCUGGCAGAAAGAGUAUCAGAAGACAGAACUUUGGGUGUUUAGCCAUCUCUCAAAAUGAUUAUUGAGUUCAGUCAAAUAACUUUUACAGUUGUUUUGUGAGACUUGAGGAGCCACUAAAGUACUGAAAAAAAUUGACAGUGUGUUUUUGGAAUGUAAAGAAAAGUAAAUAAACUGAUAAAAACACGACUUUAUCUCCAGGUUUGGCCUCGUGCGCAACAGUACAAUGAGCGAAACCCUCGCUUGUUGGCUGGAACUGCCACUGGCUACAGUUCGUGAAGACUCUAUUAAUCAUGUGAAAUGUAAUUAAAAUCCUGGCACUUACAGCUGACUGAUUUCACUCUUUCAGAUAGCAAUUACACACAAGUGCCAUUCUUGCUGGUUGUCAGGACACCUGCACAGCGAGGACGUGAUUUGGAGAGUAGUGUGAAGCUCCCGUGUGCCCGACCUUUACAUAACCGACCACAGUGUCAGGAGCAACAACAUUGGAGGAAAAAUAACUAUUCAGGCUGCAUGUAAAACAGGAAAAAGCCCUGGAAUAGAUUUAAUGUAAAGCUGUCAGAUGAGCUCUUCCAGUUGUGGAAACACAAGCUCUGGCAUUACACAGCUGCCCUAGAGCCAACUGUAAUCCCAUGAGCUGCACUGACCGUGACUGAACAGGCUGAGACAAGAUCGUAUAAAGCAGCGAAAAGUCCAACAACACAAGGUGAGAAGACAUCCAAGCGGUGAGGAUGUUUUUCAUCGCUAAGAUACGAUAGAUUAAAACAGAACAGGAAGUUUGAGGGAAAAGGGAUUGUGGGUAUAUUGUUGAACAUUUUAAUAAAGAAAAAAAAUAAUAAUCUCCUGUCAGUAGAGUGUGUCAUAACUCUGCAGGGGUCCCAGAAAGAAACCCAAAAUAGCAAAGCGUUAUCUCAGUACGACGGAGCUGUAAAGCUGCUAUCACACUUGUGUUGGGUAUAAAAGGAAUCCUCUCAGGUUGCCUCGCUGCGUUGUGUUUAAGAGGACAAACAUUGGACUGGAGAGCUGGGGGCUGUUAUUCACUGCUGAUUGGUUGGCUAAUUUUCAAGCCUGGGAUACAUCCAUGCCCUUCAAGGUCCCAUCUGUAAUACCAUGACCUAUUUGUGUAUAAUCAGCUGCAGAUCGCUUGCCCGGCAUGUAGAAGUGCAUUUCUUCACUCCAUUUCUCAUGGCCAGUCCGUGCGGUAGACUUAGCAGCUUUCCGCGGUGAAAGAACUGUAUUCAUUUCAUUACCGUCGACCCAUCGAGUCUCUGUGUUUGUGUUGUUUCCAGCUGGCACCCCAUCAGUCGAACACAUUGAUAUCUUGCAGCCUUUGACCAGAGACGAUGUUCGUGGCAUGUCAGGCGUGAAACGUGAAAAUCUGUCGGGCUUAAGAGUGAGAACCAGUGCUGGAGGAAGAGGCGAGCUGCACUCUGAUUUCCUCUGACAUUUCUGUUCAGUUGUCAUGUGCACUAAAUCACCACACUUCCUGAUAUGGUUUUAUAGAACCAUCAUACAUUUUUAACUCAAGCUUGCAAAGUCUCUGCCUCUCUCUCUCCCUCAUUUUAAAACACUCUUUGAUAGAUGAGCUGCAUUUCAAGCUUCACUUUCUUGUGAUUGAUUAGCACACUGCAGAAAGCACUAAGUGACUGAAUAUGCCGCAAUAACGUAGUAAAGUAUACAGAUGGAAUAAACUCCCAGCCCUGGACCGGCAGUGUGAAAACACCAUAAAAUAUAUUUUAUGUGGAUGAAGCAGAAACGCCGAGUGCACCGAGGUGUAAAUAAUCACGCUUCUUACAGUAUCUGUUAUCCGCUGCAGCUUUAUGCAUAAUGAAAGUUUAUCUUUUGCUUCAUUAAACAUCUGCCGCCAUCUCCGAGCAUCAGGAGGAAUAUGCUGAAAGAAAUCUGCAGCCUCAGAUUGUAAACUGUUGAACAAAAGUGCCUUUACACGCCCCGUCCCCCGAUGUUUACCUUCGUUUAAUUACAUGCAGAUAACACCAAGCUGCCGGGAUACCUCUCCUCUCCUCAUACUCAGCUCGACUGUUAAUGCGUGAGAAGUUUACUCUACAUGAGCUCAUCAAGUGCUGAAUUCAUUCUUGAAAAGCAUUGAGUGGCAAAUUCUGUUGUAUCACAUCAGUUAUGAUAUGAUGUAACCAUAGAGACAGAGCACAAUUAAAUUCCACCCACACCCGGAGGGGAAAACCUCCUUCACUCUCCAUUGUUGACUUUGUAAUGUGUGAAGGUGCUGCCUUGUCACUUCCAUCUGCUGGCGCACAACAGAGAAAUGCCUACGAGCUGCUGUGUGUGGUGGGAUGCGCCACUAAAGGAUGAAAAAGCAAGAACAAGGUUUUUUUUUUUUUUUUCCAGGCUGCUGAACCAAAAACCUCUGUCUUAAGGAAGACAAGCACGGUUACAGGAAACAACCUGAGCGACAGGAAAGGGAACAAUGAGAUCCAGAGGGUGCCGAACCUCAGAUGUACAGCAAGCCAGAGACGAUCUUUUGUAACAUUUGUAAUGUAACAUUAAUUAGCCUGCGCGCCUUGAUAAUGAUUAAAUAAGCUGCAGAUGCUGAUUUGGUCAGACAGAUCAUGGCUGUGCAGGGCCUGGUGUUGAUCUAGGGCGACUAGUAUGAUGACAUUAAUAAGUUCCUCCGCGUACCCUUUUCUCUUCUUUGGAUGAACAGUGUCAAGUUAGUGGCGUGCUGGUGAAGUACUCGGUACAUCCAUUUAGUACAUUCCUUCUACUCCCUAGUUGUAUUAAGCGGUGUACAUUUUUAUUUCAAAUGGCUGUUGACUUGGUUGAUUCAAAGUUUGGCAGGUUUUGAUGGAUUUUCAACGUAACUACAGGUGUGCUGAGAUAUCUUAUGCUGCGUUCUAGUUACCUCGGAAGUUGGAGCUGGGAAUGACGCUACACCCGGGUUGACGGCGUUCCAGUUAACAAAUCGGAAAACCAAGAUGGACACCUACAGUUCGCCGUUGUUAGCUGUUGUUUACAGUUGUCAGCUGUCAUUGGUCGUUUUCAGUUGUUAUUAGCAGUUGUCAGCCGUUGUUAGUUGUUGUUAGAUAUACCAGUUGUCAACAAUGCAUAACAUAGUAUUUUACUCUUACAAACACCAUAGUACUGUGUUCACAGUUAGACGUUGGGCAUUACAACAUAUACCACUUAUUUAAUUUCACAAAAACAAAACAGAAGUGCUAAUAAAUAAUACAUUACAAGAGCUUUCACUGUUACUCUUGAAGUUAAGUCGGGGUUGGUGAGCAUCCGUCCGAGUCGGAAAUCCGUCUUCAGGGGUGCGUUUCAGAUGAAUUUCCGACUCAGUGCUCAGAAAUUCCGACAUCCGAGUACAACUGGAACGCAGCGUAUAUUUGUUGUCAACCAGUGUCAUGUAAAAACCAUAACCACCUCUCAGUGUUGUGAUUCGCUCAGUCGCUUCAGGGCAGUUCGUCAGUGGUGUGACAGUUAGAUGAUGAAGUGUGAUGAAGUUAUUUGUAAUGAUGGUAGGUAUCGUCAGGGGCGGAUUUAAAAGUAAAGUGGCUGUGAAACACAAAUGGCCACCCCUCGUUAGAGUGACCAUAUUCUGACUUCCCAAAGAGAAGAUACGACUACACGGGGGCAGAGUCACGGAGUCAUGCAAAGUUAAUUUUGAGAGUUUUUCGGGUCAGAUCAAGUGUCUUUUACGAGCUUCUAACUCAGUAAGUCCACAUGAUACAAACUCGAAACUUCUGUAAAUCCUUCCGUAAACAUUUGAAGGAUUUUAUAAAUUUCCCCAGACAAGGCCAGACAACCCAGACAGUCCCCAAAAAAGAGGACAUGUCCGGGUAAAAGAGGAUGUACCACCACCCUACCCCUUGUGCGUCCCUCAAAUCCUCAUCUACAAAACCUUGACAAAUUUGGCACACUUCAGUCAAGCUAAAAUUGUGGCUGUAAAUGUUUUACACACAUUAGUCCAGCUGAAACUGGACUUUUAAAAUAAAUACAUCACAAAUGUCCUGCUCAAAUCGCACUAAAUCAAAUUUCUCUUUCGGCUCUGGCUCCAUCUGAUUAAAACUAGACUAAAAGUUCUGCACAUACUUCAGACUUCACACUCUUGGCUUUUGGCUGGAAGUUGAACAGCAUAAAUGCAUAAAUUGCUACAAAAUCUUGACAGAUGAAAAAAGGAGUCAAAUGAGACAAAGCUGUGGUAUUGUUUGGACUGAAGGUACAGAGCUGUAAAAGUAAGUGAAGGUUUUUUUUAUUGUUGAGGAACAUUCUGUCGGCCACAUGCUUUCACAGUUUAUGGAUUGUUUUGUUUUGGCCAAGCGGGAAAGGAGCUGAAAGGGAGAAUGUCACCAACUACCAUAGCAGCAAACAUGCUUCUUUCAAUGAUACAUGUAAACUGAGACAAGGACAUAGUCCACAUUAAUCAGCUGAUUGAACUAUUAACUGUAGGUUGACGUAACUCUGCAUGCAAACGUACUGACUGAUGAUUACGGGCUUGUAAAAGUGCUAAUGGCACUAGGUUUUGUCCACUUGUCUCUUACAGCUGAGGCCCCACAAUGUUUAUAAUGAGCAUUAUUGAAUAUCUUUACUUACUUCACUGUCAGAUAUUUAGGAAAAGUUGUCUUUGUUGCUGUUUGUCGCUUCUUUUUGUAUUUUAGAUUCUGGCAGGCCUCCUUAAAAUCCCACCAAAUCUAGGAGCUUGUUCUCCUGCAGGCCCCGUGUUUUAAAAUAAAGGUGUCUAUCCCUGACACCUUCCACUCUAGAUUCCCUUUCACCUAGAUGACCCGAAAUAGCUUUUGCUCCUGGAAUUGCCUGCACAGCAGCCCCAACACCUCCUCUUGCCAUUGCUUUUGCGUGAUUAAGCCAUGGCCCCGUGUCCUGUCUCGUUGUCUGAAUGUGAUAAAUCGUACAAAACGUGGAUGAAAGUGCACAUUUUCACAGUCUCACCUGGGAGGCAUUCGUGGCCUUCAAGGAGUCACGCUCUGUUGGAGAUAGAAAAGUGACUGAGGGAGUGGUAAAAGGCCGACUUUAAGAAUUAAGUCUAAAACCUCCCUGCGUCACACCUUGGCACGCUUAGUGAAUCCCUACUGUGUACGUGUGUGUGUGGAUUCUUGAUUUUAAGCAUACAAAAGCUUAACCUUAGUAAUGUUGCAUAAAGCUAGUGAACCUUAAAAGUAUUCUGCAGAAAACAUGAUUAAGGAAACACUUGUGGUUGAACAGUUUGACUAAUUAGCAGCAGAAACAGAAGGAUCAUAAGAACCCUAAAGCCUCUUUUCUCGCACUCAGACUGGUGAAUCUCUCUCCAUUAUCUCUGAGUUACUGUGGGUCUCCUGCACACUCAGCACGGUCUAUUAACAUGUUAGCAUCAGCUGUUCUCGGUGAGGUCGCUCCCCAGCCCACACGGUGACAGCAACUGUCACAUCCAUCAGUGUUUCUCUUAAGAAGGAUCCCGCACAAACGCGAUGUAGCUAUAGAUUCAGAUCACCGCAGAGGUCUGACGCUGACUCUUAAACCUGACCGAACCAGACAUCUUGACAGUCGCAGACUGAAGGAGAAGCGAGCGCCGGAGGUUCAACUGAUUAUUUUGUUGUCGGGACAAGCGCUUCAAUCUUUAAUAGCCAUGGAGCCGUUGUUGGCGAGAAACAGGAUUUUGAUUUGUUGAGGUUUGGUUUCUCCAGUCUGACCUGUGAGGUGGUGUGAGACUGAAAUACAACAAACAGUGAAAAAUCCUCAUUUUAGGUUUUAAAAGUAUUUAUUUUAUCAGGCCAGAUAUCCAAAAUCCCAAUGCACUUAAUUAACAAAGUAAAAAUAUGCAGGCAGGCUGGAAACGGUAAGCUCCAUGACAUUAUAAACAGACAAUCCUCAAAACACUCGGACAGCAGAUGUCAUGUGGAGUUUUUCUUCAGGAGGCAGUUCUUUCAUGCGCACAGUUUCCAAGGACAGAUUUCAAAGCCCAAUAUGGCAAAGCCUGGAAACUAAAACCAACAGUUAAGAGUAUCUGCCAGGGUAGGUGCCAUCAGGGGAAAGUGGACUUUUUUUUUUGGAUGGUUCGGACUUGAUGAACUGACCCUUGGCCUGAGGGAGGCAGCCAGUCCAUCUGUCUGUUCCUCGAGGAUCUUCCAGAACAGUUUCUGAGUUAUGCUGUGAAAUUUAGAUCUGUAUUUAAUACCCUUACAAUCCAAAUAUACUACUCUGGACCUUGGUAACAUUUCUCAGUUUUCGCAUGAAUUAGAUGCAGAUAUCAUGGUUCAUGAAUCUUCCAGAAAGUUGUUUCCCCAAUCCAAAAAGUUUUCCCUGUUUUGUACCAUAUGAUAACCAUUUAGGCACUGAGGGACCAAAAGAGGGGCUUAUUGCACAGAUGUUUUGAAUACCUGAUUCUUAUUGGUCAAUUAAGGCCCUCUAUGAUUGGCUGUUUCUGCUGCUUAGAGGGAAAAAAAGCAUUGCGAAGAGUCUAGGACUACAUCUGAUGGAAACCAGUUUGUGUAAAGUUAAACUGCUUGUAUUGUCGUACUUAACACCCAUUACACAGCAAACAUCUCUAUAUCUGCGACCAAAAGCUUGUUCUAAUUGGAGCGGUUUUUGUCUUUUGUAAAGGGCAGAUGGAGACAGAAAGGUCAGCUGAAACAAAAGUGUUUGGGUAUCAAGAACCAACUCCAAUUUUGUGUCCAAAUCUCUGCUAUAAAUCUCUCAGGAUUAAACCUCAGGAAGAAAUUUGAGGUCUGCAGAAAAUGUUCUUAUCUGCCAGGACCUGCUGUGUCCACUUCAUCAUUUAUGACUCAGUACGUCAACCAAGUUGUGAGAUGAAGAUUAUGGAAGACUGCCGCGAGUUAUCCAAAAGAAAAGAAAAAAAAAGGUAAUGACACAGCCAAGUGCAACAACUGUGACAAAGACGUUUCAUGCAAGGAAGGCAGCACAUCCAGUAUGAUCGAGGGGGAUCGAGGGAAUGCACUGUGCUCGAUAUGCUGCAGUCUCCUGUUCACAAUGAUCCCACGGCCACAGUUAACGGUAACAACUGGAGCAUGUCUUUUUACACUGCGGUAGGAAACACAUUUGAGCUUGUGUUCCCGUUUAUAUCAAGGUAGACAAAUCAUCCUUGAUAUCCUAACAAUAAGUGGAGGCUAUGGGUGUCCCGAUCCUGUCAUCGGACGAGAAAGAGAGAGUACACCCUGGUUUGAUCGCCAGUCAGGCGAUUGCAGGGCUACAUAGAGAGAAAGACAACCAAUCACACUCACACUCAUACCUAAGGACAAUUUACGCGGGAUUUCCGCCACAUCCAAAAAGUUGUAUCGGGACACCACAAAUAAUAAACAAAACUCCAUCCAAGAAGUUUUUAGAUCAGAAGUUUUCAAAGUUUGGACACCAUUGAGGUCAACAUCUCAGACUUAUAUAAACUUGGUACUCUUUGCUACACAAAUUGCCCAUGAUGCAUUUUAAACGCCGGUGACUCUAUGUUUUAAAUGCCUCUUGAUGAAUCACAUCACAAGUACUUACGACCACCCACACACACACAUUGUAAUAUGAUUUCUCAGACCACCUGCCAAAGCAGUCUGAGACACAUUCGAGCACAGAUCUUUUGCUUUUGUCCACAAUAACACAACGGCAAGAUACAUCAUUAAUGCAGAGUGUGUGGGCUCACAAACACUCGAAACUGUGUUUACGCUCACGAGGAGUUCCGAAGUUUUUUACUGGCGACAUGAACCAAAGGCUGUGUUACCUCUUAGAGGAAGAGACAAAGUCAAUUUGAUGUGGUUCUUCUGCUGAUUCUGUCUGAUAAUUAUACAUUCCUUCAACUCCAACAUACUGCUCACUGGGAAAAAAUAAACAAUGGCCCCUUGUGUUUAUCUGCCUCGAGCAGCAGUGACAGGCAUUGAGUAUCUCCAUAGGAUAGAAAAAAAUCCUGCAAACGAUGGUCUUGUGCUUUUAUCGUAUUGAAGCAUCAGCGUUAGUGAGACUUUCAUACUAAAAACUUCUCACAGCACAUUUAGACCUCCAGUAACUAAGGCAUAUUUAUACAUUUAGAAGUAUCACAAUAAAUUGUUGGCAAUGUGAAUUCGGCUCAGGGCUGUUUUUAUUUCUCUAAUAACUCUGAUCAACAUGAUAAGAAGUAAUAGUUUAGACAUGACGUCCAUUAAGCCUGACGGCUUUACAUCUUCCUCCUCUGCUUCAGCCGUAUCUCACUCAGUGUUUUGACUGCGUUUCUCUGUACAGUAGCCAGAGUGCGAUUAUCCUCCUCAUCAUCUCAUGUGCCGCUCCCAGACAAAGCGUGUUAGCUCGUCACAGACACCACUGACUUUCGCUGCGCUGCACCACAAGGCUUCGGCCCCCGCAGGUCCACUACCCCCUCUGGAUCACCCUCUGCCUCUCCAAAUGUAGGUCACACACAGCUGCCACGGGAGUGUUUGUUUGCCUGGCUGUCACCUCUCAUUACACCCCCAUCCCCUCAACAUCUGCACCCAAGGGUCAUAAACAAGACCGUCCCUAAAUGCAUGCACGCUUUGUACUACAGCGGCAAAACUGUGGUCAAAGUUUAACACAUAACAGCCACGCACUUGUUCAGAAAACCAGCUCCAGUGACUAUUCUGAUGUUAGUUAUAACGCUUAAGCUCAUAAUCAACUCCAGUGCUUUUAUAACUUUGAUUUUUUUCUUUCUUUUGUCAAUUACUCCCUCUUCUGGAUGAAUUUUCAUGAUAAAAACAGAAGUGAACAUUGUUCGGGACAUUCAGGCUUUUGUGAUCGUAUCUUUGGGUGAGUCUAAAUCCAGGUUUUCAUCAUAGGAUUAAACUUGGAGCUCACAAGAAAACAGGUGAAUGUUAAGUUGUCUGUUGAUAGGCCUACAUCUGGAAUACUGGCCCCUGUGCAGAGGUUUGGUUGUUUUCUGUUCAGAAACAUCCGAACAGACUAUAUCAGCUGUAAAGAUCUGGGUGAGAGAAUUUACUGCCGAGCAUUUAAAGCGAGCGUCUUCUCUGGAAAUGCAAUUGUCUGCACACUUUGUCCUCUUCCUCUCAAUCUGUCUCAGUGGGGGUUGGAGAUCCACCCCCCAGGGGCUCAGAGUUAUUACAGUCAUUACUGUGACCUUUUUUUGGCCCCCAGUCUCUGCUGAACCCGCUCUGACCCACUGGGGGGUUGAGCGUGGCCGUCGCAGCGUCCCUCCGAGGGAUAGGACACACUUUCCAGUCAGUUGGGUCAAGCCUGUACAUAAUGAUGGCCGAGCAUGGAGCCCAGGAGGUGAACACAUGCUGGGUGUGCGUGUGUGACAGUCCUGCAGUGAUACAUAUUUAUGAGAUAGGCAGUGAGUGUUUGUACCUCUCUGCUGGUCAUCACUUAGACAUCAUGACAUGAGUGUUACUCUCCGUGUGUCAGCCAGAGGCUACAACCAGAUCGGUUUUAUUUUGGUAGAUCUGAGCCGCGGAAAGUUGGACGAAUUUUGUAUUUCAUGCUUGCACUACAGCAGUUUCAGUGGGAUAAAUAAAUACUAAACUUUUGGGCUGAGGUUAUGAGGAGGUAUGUAUUUGUCUGGUUUCCAAAAGGUUUUAUGGAUAUUAACUAACAACAGAAACCAGAGAUGGUGUUAAUAUCUGUGAGUAAGAGUCACUGUAAAUCUGAAAAAAAUGAUUUUUAUUUCACUGAGUUCAGACUGGGCUGGGUUGUAAAUGGUAGCUUCAUUUGUGACAUUUGUGACUCUAAAUAAUACAUACAACUUCAUGAAUCUGUGUGCUAAAUAAAACGAGAUCUACAGACUAAACCUUUAAAAAUUAAAGAAUGUUUGUUUUUUACACUUUCAUGCAUCUGUCCCUCUCUCAUCACUCCCUCCUGUUGUGAACCCCCUGCCCCCGUCCUCCAUUAGUAGUUGAAAAUCUCUGCUUUAUUAGUUUGUAUUUACAGAGAGAGGGCAGGAAAUGAAGAGGAUAGAAGAUGGGAAACAUCAAAAUAUUGUUCAUGUUCAGCCACACAACCAUCUGGUUACUAGAGCUCCCAAUUCUUUGAUCUUAUCCCCUCUCUAAUUUCACUAAAGCCACGUCCUGAAGAGAUAUUGACAUUUUGAAGAUGGAGCUGUGUGAACCUGGAUCCAGCUAGGUUCAUAAGAAAGUAAACAUGUUUCAAACUUCCAUCCAUCUUUGGUAUAAAUGAUAAUUUUGUCCUUUUUUUAUUAAAUCAGAGUUUUUGUAUCCCUGCGGGACAAACUCGAACUGAACUGCUUGAAUUAAAUAAAUCAAUUUUUUUUUUUUUGAUAACCAAUUUAUAUAUUACAGAGACUUAUUAUGUAUAAUUACUAUAUAUCACAGGGUAGAACAACAGCUGUCACCAGCCCACGGUUUCUCAUGUGGUAACUGGCACAAAAAAAAGCUCUUAAUUUGCGGUUAUCAAUCAUCUCACUGUUUGUGUUUCUUGCUGAGUUGGACCUGGUUUUGCUGAUAUUCAAGAAUCUCAGAAAUGACUAAAAAUUUGGCAUAUUAGACACACUUUUAAUGCCUUUUUUGUUAUCUAAAAAGUGAGCUGCAUAGUUGUGCGACAAAUGUAAAAGGCAGAGGGAUCCUGGUGUGUUACAGUAUUUUACCCAGAAGAUGGAGCUAUGGGAAAGUAGAAACUGUUUCAAUAUGGAAAGCAUAGAGGAGGGACAUCAGUCCAGGACUGUCAAUACUGAAUGCCUUUGUCUUUCUAUAGGUCAAAAUCAUUUAUCAAGAGACAACCGUGUUUCUCUUUGUGGAGUUCUGGUUUGAUCAAAAAGUGAUCAAGGGACAGGGGUGAUACAAGUCAUGUAAAUGAAGGCCCCCACCAUCAAAAUAAAGAGAGAAUAUAGAUUAAAUGGAGCAAAGUAACAGACUUAUCAGGUAAGUAAAAAAAAUGUAUAUUGUAUUAUGUAUAAAAAAAAUGGGAGUUACUUGUGGCAAACCUGCAACAAGCAAAGAGGUGGAUAGGUCAUAGUUUAUCUUCUACAGCUACUUCUGUUUGAUUAGGAAUGAGUCUGAAUCAUAAUCUAAUAAAAGUGGAUGAGUUAUAAAGACAUGAGACAGAGAAAAAAGUUCUAAGUUGAGAUAGAUCAGCCGCUGGAGCAGGGCUGUAAAUGGUGAAAGUUCUGCUGUAAAAAUAAGUGUUUUGGGUGCUAAUGGCGUCUCUUUGAAACUGCAGUUUAUUGUGCAUUUGUUUCCUGCUCAUAUAAACAUCAUUUAUUUUAGAAUCAAUUUUUCCAUAACUGGAAAAAGAUCCAUGUUGUCGUCAACCCUUUCAGAAGCCUUCAGUAUUCAUCAGUGUUUACUUACAGUUUGCUGAAUGAAUGUCACACAAUGAAGAAACAACGUCUGGUCAUUCAUGUCUCUACUUGCUCGUCCUUGACGUGACGCUGACAUGAGCUUGUUUGAAUUUUUUUGCAGCUGCUGCUCCCGUAUUUUUGCAACAGCUUUCUGCAUUUUUUAUACUAUUGACACAUUGGGAUAAAUAAUUAAAAUGUGUUACUUUUGUGCACACAUAAACAAUAGAAACUGAAGCAUUUUUGAUGAUUCGAAAUUCAAAGGGACCUUGAAAAACCGAUGACGAAAAACCCAGUUUUUACUGAUUUGUUGGUUGUGUGGAAUCUAAAUGGUGCAUCUGAAAAACUAAUAUGAUGGUUUUCAAAAAAAUAGACUCUGAAAUGGAUCUCAGUUUGGUGGCUGAACCAAUCUAAAGCCAGCUUCUCAAAAUAGCUCAGAGCUAACUAUUAACUGCUCCUGUUCCUCCGUCUUCCUGGCCAACAACUGUCCUCCUCAUCACCACCAUCUCCUCUCCAGUACAUGCCCGACAGCCUCCUUGUUAUUUGGAAAAUAAUUCUCUAUUCUGUGGUUUCUUGGUUACUGAAUUCUUUCUCCAACUCUCUGCUUCAGCGAUGUUUCUUUGUCUUUGCAGAAGCUCACGGCCAGAAGCACAGCCUGCAGACGGCGCAGAACCUCCUGCAAGAGGAGGUGGCACGAGCCGAGGAGCAUUCAGAGGUAAAAGAGGAAAAGAAAACAGGAGAAGCUUGCAGUUCUUGUCGUAAAUCAAAGGUAGUCUUGCAUCACUUUGGCAGCACAGUUGAAGGUGAUUCUUAAAAAGCAGGCUGACAGCCCACCCACUUCAGUGCAAUCUGAUCCCUAAAGACAUGAGGAAAUAUCCAUACAGUGAGCAAUCUGCCAACAUCCGAGAGCAAAAACUAAACCGCUUCCAAUUCCACCAGUAUCUCUCAGCAUAAUGUUCAUACGUUCUGCCAGUCCUACAGUCGAACUGAAAUCUCAGAGUGUUGGCACGAACAUGCCAGCCUGACAUAGACUGACACUGAGAAAGACUUGCUGCAGGUUUACGAAUAACAGCGCUUUUUAUUUUUUAUCAAUAUGCAUCUCCGCAUCUUUAUUUUUACCUACAUCUCGCUCUUGAAGACAAAGUUACAUUUUAUUUACAGGCACCUUUUAAGAUCACCUCACAAAUACAACACCAGUAAAAACAGGCUGGUAUCAAGAGCCAUGUAAAGGAGACACUAUAAAGGCACAGUGAUCUGCAGCAACAGGCACAUGUGGUUAAAGUGGAGAGGCAACAGCUGUAUGGAGUUGUGUGAGUUUAGAUUCAGUUUUGUUUGAAUCUAAGAAGUCAUGAGCCAAUUUUUCUGACUUGCAUAAAAAUCUGUGGCAAGACAGAAAGUGAAAUCGUGGGCGCUUUUGAGAAGGAGAUUAGCAUAUGUGGGUGACUGAGGACUCUUCAUCACUGCUUUGUGUCGAGGUGAAACAUAAUUCUGCUGAUUUAACUGUUGAAUAAGUGAGUGAUUUAAAUCAAUAUCAAGAUGAUAUUAGUAUUUAACACGUAGAAACCAUAUGAGCAGUAAUGAUGUUCUAUCUACGUGGCAUUAACUUAAAGCGACAAAGUGCUUCGCAUGAUGGAGAUAAAAUCAGGGGAUAGAUAGAUAGAUAGAUAGAUAGAUAGAUAGAGAGAUAGAUACUUUAUUAAUCCUAGCGGUAAAUUCAAGUAUGAUUGAAUAUUAAAUAAAAAUAUAUAUGAAUGAUGAACAAGAAGGAAGUUUUCCCCUCCAUACGGUACUGUACAGAAUAUCAAAAGUCCCGCCCCUCCUUGAUUUUGAUUGGUCAGUAAGGGAGAAGAUCUGUGACUGCAAAGGAAAAUGCAACAAGUGGACACAGGCCCUAACAGAUAAAGAAACAUACAAAAGAGACAGACAGGCCAACUUCUUUUAUAUAAUAUUUAAUUUAAUGAGUAAUAACAAUGAUCCUAUAUAUUUUGUAUCCCAUUAAAAAUAAAAUCUCUCAUGAAGCUGUUAGUUAGUGUUACAUGAUUUACUGCAGCUCACGUUCAGAGGCAACAUCGUUCAGAGUCAACCUGACACUGAGAUCUACGAGUGAAUAAUUAUUAAGUCUAAAAAGUAGCUGUGGACUAAUUUCUGACUAUUUAAAUGAAGAUUUAAGGUUAAACUCUAUCAGGUAUUAUUUGAUAUCAUCCAUAUUCGUCAUUCCUUUUACUGCUUUCCUGCUUAAAAGUACUGGCAGGUUCAGAUUACUCAGAUUGAAGAUUGUUUAGUGCAGGACAGACUUGUUGCUCUCUCAAACCCUUAAAGUGCUAAUUAUUUAAACCAAACAUUAACAGGUUAUCCAAUGUUAUCCAACUUCAAAGAUGCUGUGUAACUUUAUGUUUAAUGUGCUGAUAGGAUAGUGUCUGAAGAUGUCUGUAGACAGUGUUAGUCCUGUUUAAAUGUAAAUUAGCUGAGCAAGAAAACCACAGAAAUGGAUUUUAUUCAUUUGUUUCCUUUUUUUGCGAGCUGAAUGCAAAGCAGAUUUAUGCAGCCUUGGAAUCUGCUAAAAAUGUCAAAAUUUUAAUUAACUCUAAACGGCGGAAACACCAGACCUCAAUACAUCACAUAACAUAUUCCUGAGUUGACCUGUGCUGGUGUCUGUCUGUGCAGAUAGUCUGAGUCUGGUGGUAUUUGUAGAGGCUUGUUAUGUCUGCCUCUACCACAAUGCAGAGGAUGUGAAUAAUGUUUUGUUUGUUGCUCACAAGCUUGAAAUAUGACCUUUGAAAAGCUAAAAACAAUGUACUCUCUUAGUCCUUGUUACUCAGGACAAUCCAUAAACCUAGCUGUGCACGGGUUUCUGUUUUUUACUUGUGGUAAGAGCAGAAUAAAAACAAGAGUAAAUUAAUUCUCCGUCGGCCUUGAUGCAUUCGGAGCUGUCAAACACACUGCCGUGGGAGAGGGCUGCAGCAUUUCUUCAGCACAAAAGCAGUGUCUUCAUAUUCUCCUGUUUACCUGCAUUUGCUCACUCUCUUCCCAAAUUUACCCUGAUUCUUAAACCUUCAUGUACUGACAUGAGAAGUGUUUGUGCACAGCGGAGGCAGCACACACAGCUGCCGCUAUUAUCCCAGUUUUUCUGAUUCUUUUGAAAUAAUGAUGAAGAACAACCAGGACGUCUUCUUCUGUGAGCACAGAGAUUUUUGGACCAAGAUAACACGACUGUCACACUCAAGUCUCUCUCCCUGCACAGCCAGCUCACGGUGGAUUAUCCUUAAAUUUUUCACAGGCUGUUUGAUAACAGGGUGAUAUCAUUGUCCCAGGAAAAUUUCACUGUAUUUUAACCCUACUAGUUUGAGUCCAAAAAUGUCUCAUUUUGGCCUUUUAAUAUUGGUGCAGGUCGCUGUUGUUUCUCUGUCUACAUGGACAGAAGCAAAUCGAUAUAAUUUACAGUUAUUUCACAGCUCUCUGAUUGAAAAGCCGACAAUAGAGAGUGAAAAUCCAGAGAUAAAUCAGGCUGUAAUUUAUGUUAAAAGCUACAUUUGAAUGAAAAUGAUUGAAAACAAAACAUCUAUUAAGAUCCCUGAUGUCAGCAUGAAACUAUGAGCUGUUCAGGGAACUCAAAAAAAAAAAACUGAUUUGAACCGUCUUGAGCUGUUUUAACUCAAAAUACUUCAGCCGUCUUUUCAAUAAAACCUUUGCAUUAUGUUUUUACAUUAUAGUACACCACAGUUUUGCGUAUGAUUUUGUCAUACCAAUGGAAAAAAAGGUUUCGAAGCUGCGAUCUCUGCAGAUUUUAGGGCUUACCUGAGGGGGUCUAGGAGGGGCAUGACCAUUGGACAAUGCAACAGCAAGUGUUCAGUCCUAUGAGACUCCUCAAUAGAGAUUCAUAAAAGGCCAAUGCCGAUAAGAUUAGAAAAUUCAAACGUACCCCAACAUUUGCACAGCCAAGUUUGAACUCAGACUGACUACACGGAUGAACAGAUGACUUUUUUUUUUUUUUCACAUUUUGUACUUCUCCUUUUUCCUCAAAAUUCAUAAUGAAUGUGUGUUUGAAUUAUUUUUCUGACACCUCUUUCCCUAACACCAUACCUGCCAACACUCCUGUUUUUCCUGGGACUCGCCCAUAUUUCAGACCUAUCUCCCACCCACCUCCCGUGUUGGCAUUUGCAUGGUCCCUGUUCAUUCAUGAAUCGGAGACAACCAAAGACUGUCCUGUGUUUCUGCUGAGCCUCACAGAUACUGGAUUGAUACUUUUACUUUACAAUUUGGGAUGAUUCAGGUCAUUUUAAGCUGUAAACUAUGUUUAAGAAGUGUUUGUUGCAAAAUGAAGACGUCAAUAAAAGGGAAACAAACAUGAGAUCUAACAUUUACAUUGAUAGUCUUACACUGUCUCCAAAUGAUGCAUUCAGGGCAGCAUGUAAAACAUAUAAGGACUUUAACACUAAUAUAAGUGGACGAAAUGAGUUCAAGGCAUAUUUUUUUUUUAUUACCAUUUGUUAUUGUUAAAACAAAACAAAAAGUGUGCAGCUUCACUUUUUAAUUCACAAUUUAAUUAUAAGUACUCUCAUAAUGAGCUCAUAUCCACCAUACAAGGUAACCCGAAAACUGCCCGGUGCGCACCGCAAAAAUCCCUCCGAUUUUAUAAACCAAAUGUUGGCAGGUAUGCCUAACACUCGUCUUUAUAUUUCACUAAAGUGUCUGUUUUAAAAAUCUUUGUCUGUUAAAUUACAUCUCAAUAGACCCAGUGUAAGAGCUGAUAUACAUCCUCACUUCUUCCUGCCUUUUACAUGUUUUUACUUAUAUGGAUGUAAAUCAGUUCCUCCUUCUUUGUCUCCAGCAUGCCCAGGAGGGGUCUGCUUCUCUCCACUCUAUCAGUGUCCACAUGAGCCAGCUCUUGUUUUCCAAAUUUCCUCCAGUACUUGCAUACAUCAUUUCUUGUGCAGGAAGCAUGGCUGAAUCCAUCACUGACAAUGUAAACCAGCAUAUCGAGAGUCCCAUGGCAGACAGACGUUCUUUGUGUUGCGUAAUGUUAUUCUCAUGAUUGUUGGAGCAUGUAGUGUAAGAUAAAUCUACAUGUGGGCGGACAGUAUGUUGCAUGAAGAAGUCUUAUCACAGCACAUCUAAUCUAAUCUCCUGAGAUGAAUGCCUAUUAAAGAAUUAAACACCACAUUUUGACCAAACAUCAUGAGGUUUAUGCUUAUAUAAGUGUUAUUAUUUGUCAGUUCAACGCUCAUCCAUACAUAUUAAUUUGCAUCCAGUCAGCUGAACCUGCUGACUGAGCUGUCAUUUAAACAUUCCCAACGUCCGUCCGUCCUCUUGGCAGUUAAAAAUGAUGUUUCCAGAGCGUUUCUGUCAUUGGAUAAAUAAUAAAUAAAUUUGGUAUUUGAUAAAAUAUUCUUAACACAUUUUUAAAAAGUGCUUCAAAUGCUGAGAAAUGGACUGAGCGUUGGCUGCCAAAGGAAUGAUUAAUGUGGCUUCAGUCGGACUGCAAACAUCAGAUAACAUGAAAGCUUGUGAAUCAGUGCUUUGGUAUAUUUCUGUUAUCCACCGCUUAACACGAAAACCACCAGUGUUGGAGUCAAACUGAGUUUUUACCUUCAGAACACUUGAGUUAAUACGAGUUAUCAUACAGUGUUUAUCAUAUCAGUCACCUGUGUGAGUAUUCACAGCUCCUGCCUGUUGUUUGGGCCUCAGUCAGGAUGAUGAGAGUGUCGUAUUCACACCUGAAACCCACACUGCCGCCCGGGGGGCUCGUAUUGAUCCUCCACACACACUCCUCCCCCACCUGACACCACCUCCAAUCAAUACCCCCACGACUCAGUCAUUAAAGUGUCUGUCCACUGAUUGAUUAAACAACCCCCAGCACAUGCUGAACAGCCUCCCAGAGCUGAGUACACCUAAGGACAUUUGUUAAUGAGCCUAUGUUAAUAUUUGGUACACGUCUUGUACACAGUUUUAAAAAUAAACGCAGAAAAGUAAGAGUAGCCCACUUUGACUUAUUACAUACUGAAGAUUGACAUGUUGAGUAAUUUGAGCUGUCACGUACUGAUGAAAUAAUCCUUCAAAUUGCAGCCGUUUGUGUGUAGGUUGAUGUUGCUUAAACUAAAUUUAACAUUUUUCUCCAUGUCCCAAUCUGAAGACUCUUCCUUUGUCGCCUAAAUUCAAACGCUAAUCGGGAAAAUUCCUCGUCAGGUACAAACAGGAAGACACAUCUCUCACAUCAGACUUUCUGUUGUUGUCUGCGCUCGUCUUUAAUCACUCACUGGAGACUUUGCUCCAGUUUAACGACCCGUCAGCCUUUAAACCGAGCUUGUUUGGAGCUAAACUGUGGGCACACACUGCGGACUUGUUUGGGGUUUAAACUUAAGUUCACAGCUUCAGCUCGUCAAAGGAUCUGCUGCUCAUUAUAUGUUAAAGCUGUCGGACUGCAGCCAAGUGGUCUGACUGAUGUUGUUAAGGGCUGUGCUGUUGCCAAAGUGAUGUUCUCCCCGGUGGUGGUCUUUAACAUGCACACACGUACGACGAGAAACCCUUUAAAAUUUGCAUGAAUGGUUUUAUAACGAAGGAGUCUUCUGCAAAAAUAUCCUUCUCUCACUAGAUGGGUUUCUCUUGUUUGCUUUAUCCGCUAAAAGGAAACAAGGUUUGUGUUUCUCUCCUGAGUCAGAGAUCAAGUCAUUACGGGUGACUGGUUUGCAGGAUGAUUGUGUUAAAAGGGAAGGCAACGAAGAAAAAAAACAUAAUAAUGAGCUUCUAUUUACAGAUUCAUCAUAAGAGGGGUUUGGGUUCUUGUAGUCAGAGUGGUAUUGACCAAUUCUUUAUUCAUUCUUUAUUCAUACGGAUCCCCAUUAGCUGCCACCAAGGUAGCAGCUACUCUUCCUGGGGUCCACAAAUAAAACAAACAAUACAAUACAAGACAAUACAAUACAUAAUUCAAUAAAACAUGUACAGUCUUGCAAAGGUCAUUCAAGACAAUAAAAGUCCAGUAAAAAGCAAAAAAAAAAAAAAAACCAAACAACAAGAAAAAAACAAGCAGCAAACAAAUUAAACUAAAAUUUAAAAGUCAGUUAAGAUUACAAUUAAGAUUAGUGAAAUUUGUCAGGUGUCUUUUAAGGAGUCUCUUAAAACUAGCCUUACUAGGUGCUUCCGUGAUCAUUGUCGGUAAAGUGUUUUCAUGCAAGUGCAGCCCAAGAAAUGAUUGAGAUCCAUCCAUCCGGGUUACAGGGUCAACAGUCGAAGCAGGUCAACCCAGAGUCAGACCCAGACCUCCCUCUUCCCAGUAACACUUUGAAGCUCUUCCUCUCGGAUCCCAAACCAGGUGGGAUAUGUGAUCCCAGCGAGCUCUGGGCCUACCCCGGGGUCUCAGUGUGUCGACCUUCAAUCGUCACUUCAUGGACUGGGAAAAGGUUAAGGUCAUCUUAGGGCGGGGCGAUAUGGGAAAAAUUUUAUCACAAUAUUUUUUUUUUCAUAUCAGUCAAUAUUGAUAUAUAUUGCGAUAUAUCGUGAUCGAUCGAUUUACCCAUCGAUCUACGUGCCGACCCUCACCUAUGGCCAUGAACUUUGGGUAAUGACCAAAAGAACGAGAUUGCGGAUACAAGCGGCCAAAAUGGGUUUCCUUCGCAGGGAGGCCGGAGUAGAACUGCUGCUCCUCCACGUCGAGAGGAGUCAGCUGAGGUGGCUUGGGCAUCUGGUUAGGAUGCCUUCUGGACACCGCCCGUUAGAGGUGUUCCAGACAUGUCCCACCAGGAGGAGACCUCGUGGCCGGCCCAGGACCAGGUGGAGGGAUUAUAUCUCUCGCCUGGCCUGGGAGCGCCUGGGAAUCCCCCCUGGAGGAGCUGGUGGAAGUGGCUGGGGUGAGGGCCCCCGCGACCCGGACCUGGAUGAAGCGGAAGAAAACGACGACGCCGGCGUUCACAAUAUAAAAAAAUGAACUUUAACAGUGCUAAUUGGUAGCAUGUCUUUUGCAACACAAUAAGCUACUGCAUCUGUGAGGUCUUUGUGUCUCUUUGACGUUUUGUCGUAAGGCGUUGCGCUAGAGAAAGCAAACUGAAUGCUCGGUUCAGCGCAGCGCAGACCCGCAGCAACUCCCCUUUUUAUUGGCUAUUCGUAUAGUCUACCAAAACAUGGCAGAAUGCCGGCUAUCGAAGAGCAUAUUAAACAUGCUUCAUAUUGAUAUCAAGGGAAAUUUAUUUUUGAUAUCAUCGUUUCAAGUCAUCAGAUAUUAGCGUUGGAUAAAGCGGUAGAGAUCAGGAGGUGGGUCCAAAGGGCAGCAAACUAGGAUGAGGAGGCUUACAUGUUGUUUGUCAGACAACAGUGGGCAUGAUGACCUCUAUAAAUCAGCUGACAUGAGUCACACACACAGCUUCACAUGACUCCUCAGAGGACGACUGCAGGGCGUUUGAAGGGAAAUGAGUGAAAAGUCUAAUUACAGGAAAUGUAAGACUAAUAGAAUAUUGUGGAAAAGAAGGCACACUGUAUGUAUUCAAAGUCUUUUCCCUAAAACCUGAUUAUUCUCAGUCAAUUCUAAUUAUAGAGAAAUAAAACCUGCUGAAAGUCUCCUAUCCCAGUGACUCGGACCAGACAAUAUUUGACAUUUCUGUUCAGACUGUGACUCAAAUCAUUUAACUGCUAACAAAAUAUUUGUCACUUUUCUGUCUGGUAAUUGAGUGAUCUUUCGCCUCGGGUUCAGUCUGUCAUUUCGUGUCAUCCCUGAAGGUAAAUACAAAAAAACAAGCUGAGGAUGACAAAUAAUGCGGAGAAUAAAAUCCUAAUGAGGUUCUCCUCGCACCAAGGUCAUUGGUAUUUUUUCCUCCUAUAGAAGGCCGAAGACUCGGGCUAAUGAGAUAUGUUUUAGUGCUGUUCAGCUAUGUUUGAACAUCACACUCGAAUGCAGAUCACUGUUUGUACACUCCGGAUAAAAACUAAAUGAGCUUUGCAUGUAACAGCUGUUACAUAUUGGCAGUAAGGCCAAUUUAAUUCGCUGCGACCUGGGGUUAUCUAACGGCGUUCACGCCAGAUGGAGAAGCUCUCGACUCACAGUAGGGGAAGACUCGGGGGAGGAGACGUAAUAAACCAGAAACUCCACCAAUAAGAAGAGUGGGACGGCCAGUGACAAGCAAAUGUUAAAGGAAGAAGGAGGCAGUGUGAGAAUUAACAUUCAGAGUCUCAUUUAGCAGUCUCUCUCUUAUGCCACCACCAAUUAUCCCCUCUGUCUGAAGUCUUUCUUAUAUUUGCAUUUUCUCCUCUUUUAUUAUCCCUCUUGACUUUUAUAAUCCUUUUUUCUUCUCUCUGCCGGCUUCUGACAUCUAUUGUCUUCUUUCUUUAACUUCAUUUUAACUGAAUUGACCUGAAAACCAUCCUCCGUAGUCCGGUAUUUUCGUCUGUAUUUGUCUUUUCGUGUUUCUCAUGAGAAUCCUGAUUUUUUUUAAUUUCAUUUCUCUUGUUUUUAAAGGUGCCUUGUAAUCAUUUCUGGUGCAGCUCGUCUUGAUAGAAACAUCUUUGUGCACCUACAAGACCGUGAAAUCAGGUUCCACGAGCUUAAAUGUCAAGUUUACCAUUUUCUACUCUUAUCCCUUAUCCUAAUAAUGAACCUUUGUUUAAACUCCACCUCACAUAUCAGGACGGUACAAAGAGUCAACAGUCUUUAAGCGACUUAAAUGCAUUUACAAUCAUGCAAAGAACUAUAUUUUGGCUACAAACGUGGCUCUGUUGCUGGGAUUGUGAUCUAAUCAACAAAAAUAUAAACAGACCCUCUCUUUUUACAGGCUUUGAGUGAAAUAGUCGCGGUUUAUGCAGCAAUUACUCCAUAAAUGUAACUUCUGUCUAAAACCAGACCAGGCUCACGCUCAGCUUCUCACAUCCUGGGAACACAAACAGACAUAGAUCACAGACGCCUUUCAAGCACUGCCAAAUGUAACAGUUGCAGCACAUGGACCAUUGUUAGUUCUGUAAAGUGCAUUUACAGUGAGAUAUUACAGCCCACAAACUAUGCCAGAGUUCACGGGUAAACAUCCCCGGGCUUAUUAAAUCCUCUUUAUACUUAGCAGAGUUUGUUUGGAGGACUCCCUGUGGGAACGCCUCCCUCUGUGUGUCGUCCUGUCUGCUGAUGCUGCUUUGUCUGUCUGCCCCGCUUCACAGGAGCUCCUGGAGAAGUUCAUGGAGGGAAACGUCAGCCUGGAUAAGUUCCUGGACUCCUUCCAGAACUCCAGGAAGACGUACCACAUCCGCCGGGCCCAGGUGGAGAAGAUGCAGGAGGUCAUUCAGGCCAAGCGACAGACGGGGAAAAGCAAAUGGCCCGAGGAGAGUAAAGUCCAAGAGGUGAAGAAGGACUCGGAGAAGCCUCAGGAGCCUCAGCGGCAUAACGGCGUCGUAGCGCAAGGACCGCUUAGAGUGUUCCAGGUACGCUACGGCCUCACGCCAGCCAUCCUACUUCCUCAUUACCCGGUUUCUCCGCCCGCCUCGGCUCCAGGCUUUCAAAGUAGUACCACCCCAUCUGAACCUCAACCGGGACAGACCCACAUCCUCAGUCCCAGCACCCCACUCCCAGGACACGGUCAGCCGGUCGGCCUCAGGGUCAUCGGACAGUUACCAGGGGGCUGGCCGGCUAACGGGCGGCCUGUGAGGGUGCAGCAGCUUUACAGGCCGAACCCUCAACAGCCCGAACCACCGUACCGAUAAACUCCAAAAAGAGGAGAGGGAAGGAGGAUCAAAAGCCAGUGUGAGAGGGCUACCAUGACGGGGAAUCAAACAGUGGCUGUCACAAUCAUGUAAGCAAAGACUGAUCCACAGACAGGCAGCGCUGCAGACGUCCGUUUCUGUUCUCCAUCCAUGACUCACAAACGUAAGCAGAGCAGAGACACAGGAGAGCAGACAUCAGGUAAAGACAGGCAGGGAGGAGCAGGGAUGGGCUCCGAUAGCUCCAGUCCACUUCUCUCAUCAAUCCUCAGUUUGUUUCAGACGUAAAGACCAAAGCACAGAGACAAAACCGGGGCACGUUUUUGUUUGCUGCCACUGCAAUGACACAUGACGCAGACAUGUUCAGGUCAGUCAAGCAUAGUCUUUGUUCAUAUACAGGUAACAAAUCUAACUUUAACACACCUUAUGACUUCUAAAGGGAUUAGUGGAGUAAAUAAAAAGUUCAGUUUUAAACUCGAAAACUCUUCAAGGAAACGUUUUAUAUUCAGUUUAAGUUUAGACACGGUUUGGAUCAUGGAAAAAAGUUAACAGAAUAAUUAGAGGGAUGUAGCUGGAUCAGUCAUUUUCAUAUCGUAAAGUUGAUGCAGCACUUUACAAACUGACUUAAAGGCAUAGUUGACGAUUCGGGAAGGAGUUGAAAAAAAGGCAGGUUUGGAAACCCCCACACACGAACCUCUCCCCUCUGUGCUCCACAAUAACUCCCCCCGAGCCUGUAUCGCCCUCCCCAUGACACACCACCCUGGCAGAGCAAGAAGCCGGCCGGCAGAAGAUCCUACGCUAGCUUCAAAUAGGAUUCACCAUGUCGGAUUGUUAGUGACUAGCGGCAGUAAACGCCAGCUCUGAUAGCGAGCGCCGUCUGCAGCUGCCUGGACAGCUACCGUGUUGACAUGUAAGAGACUAUUCAGAGUUAUUUAUGUAACAUGAGCCACGAUAAAAGACAAAAAUUAUCUGUUCAACAAAAACUCUGGCGGAAAUUUCUCCACCGCUCGAAGGAUGACCCGAUGUUUAUUCGAGUUAGAUUCCUCGCUUGGUCACAUUUCCUAUUCGACUCCGCCCUUUCUUCUGUCCGCUUGCGUUUUCUACCCACUUUUGGCGGUGGGGCGAGCAGAAGUGGGUUUUUUCCGUCCUUCUCCAUCACAGCUCCUGUAAUUAAGCUGCUACGCUACUUUUAGCCACUCAGAGCUCCGAGGAGGGCCGGGAGAGUGGGAGGGAACGAGUCGGAACUUCGGGAGAGGAGUGUGUCGAAUACAGCGAGGUGAUUGGAUGGAGAGGCGGAGCAGGAGGUUGACCAAUAGGAGCUGUCCGUGACGGAUGGCUCCCAUUGGUCAAUGUUUUUGCAGCCCUGCACCUGCUAAGGUGAACAGUUUUUUCCGUUCUUUUUUCUCGUCACUUUGUGGAGAUCGCACUAUAGGACCAUAAUCGCCAUAGAAACGAGGUUCAUAAUAAUUACUAAUCUCUUCAAUCGUCAACCAUGCCUUUAAGUGUCUUACAAAAUAUGAUGAUUUAUACUCAAAACAGGAGGACGGGCAGAGUAGCGGGUGCUGCUGCAGUAAUGGCAGCUUGACUACAUCCUCACAUGAAGUUACUGUAGCUGGACAUCACUGAGAAACACGACCAGAUCAGCUUCAUCUCAUCAAUGUUCAGUCUGUGCCACUUUGUGCUGCUGUUAAAAUCCCAGUACGUCUACAUAACCAGCCCACUAAGACAAGCUUUGACUCAUUUUAACUUAAACUGUUUCUCCUGGAUCUUAUCAGCGGAUUUUAUGCAGAGUUUGACGGUUUAAAAAAGCUAUGGAAGCCCAUCCCUCGCUGAGACUAGCAAGUUUUUAAGUUUAUUAUUAUUUUUUUGUGUGUUUUACAUGGAGUGAUGUGAAGCACAGGGUUGUGAAGCACAUCUUCAGCUGCAAGCAAAAAAAAAAGAAGAGAUGUCAUUGUUUAUUCAUACAACGGAGAUACUGUGUGAGAUGCCAAGAAUCAGCGAAGUGAAAGAAGGCGUCGCUACAGUUUUAAUUUGGACUCUCUUUUUGUUUCACAUCCCGUCAAGUAAGACAGUGACAUUCGUACUUGGAGCACAUCCCAGGACCAGGAAUGCUGUUAUUAAAGGACUGCAGAGCAAAGUUUCAGACUCAUUCAAACAGAGCUGGUGGUAUUUAUUAACAAUUCCCACACUAUAGCCGCUCGAUAUUAUUUGCAGUGUCAUGUGUGUCGGCUCCACAGACGAUUACCCGGAGCCGUCUGCCUUCUUGUGCGAUUUCAUGAACAGUGUUGGAGCUCAAGCGAUUUAUUUAUUCAUGUAAAUCCUAUUUUAAAUGGCUGACUUCAAAGCUUCUUGUUUACCGUGCUAAAUGAAGAGCUGCUUCUUCUUUCAAAGCAGCCAGUGUUUUUAUUUCCCACCACCCCCGAACUGAGAUGCAGAGUGAGGGGAAUUUAAUCUCUAUGAGAAUGCCGGUGCUCUGCAAGCCCACAGUCAAAUAUAACGCUGUUGUGAAGGUUUCUUUUUUCAUUUCACUCUCCUUUUCUCUCAUUAUUCAUCCCUCUGCAUUCAGAGGGAAGCGCGGUGGAUUGUUGUUUUUCUUUGAGUCUGCUCUUCAACAAACAGUUUUCUCAUUAAUAAGUCAUAAGUGCAUGCUUACUACAGCUCAACAAAGUAUACAUGAAAAUGCCUUUUGCAGGCCAGUGCCCAGCUGCAUUAAAACAGGAUGUACAUUAUAGGGAAAGGGUCGUCCUCCGCACAUAACCUUCAAAUGAGAGGCUCUGAUAUUUGGAAAGGGUAAGUCUUUGUCCUUAAACAAUCUCGGUGAAAAUCUCAGUGAAACCUGUUUUUAAUACUGAGAUUUGAUGUUGUUGAGCAAUAAUUUGGAUAAUUUUGAAAUGCAAUUAAAGAAAAAACAUACAGGUUUGUUUUUCAAUCAGGACUUGGGUGAAUACUAGAUAUUUUCGCUAAACUUACACUUCCAUUUGAACCUUUCAUGUGAAUUCUUGCUAAGUGUAGCACCUUUGAGUGUGAACUAAUUUGAUUCCGGCAGUAAGUAGAGGUGAUACUACUCACACCUUCAUGUAACAAUGAAGCUAGAACCACAAGGCUGUUAGCUUGACUCAGCACAAAGACUAGAAACAGAGGGAAUCAAUGUAACAUACUUUUUGCAUUAUUUUCUAGAAGAUUAAGGCCUGAAACUAACAUGUUGUUUUUUCUAACGUGUGCCUUUUUUGUCCCUGCUGGUAACUGGAGUGAAGCUCCUGCUGCUGUGAUGAUGAAAAGAAAUGACACCACAGCGCUUUUAAAAAUCUCCUGAACGCCUCAGCUGACAUGUCCAAAGUGAUUCCCACUUUGUGUAAAAGGAAUUGCAAACUAACUAUAUUGGUGCAUCACAUCACAAAAGCCAGCAGAGUACUGUUUUCAGGGGACAUUUUCACGGUAAGGGUUAGUGACUGAUCAAACCAUAGACUGUAUAUAGAAUGGACGGCGUCUGUCUCCUCGCUGGGUGAAGCCACUCCGAGAACAGCACCCCCUGGUGACGGGCUGCAGUAUAGGUCAUAAAUCCCGCCUCCUCCAGAAAUCCCUAUGGGGCUGUGAACAGACUUUAGAAAUUUAUUACACAGAAUAUACAUUUUUAUCCCCCCUGCUUGCGAUGUUGACAUGUAGUUACUGUAAGACUGGUUUGUGCUCAAGUCCUCUUUUUUCUGUGCAGCUCAGUUUUUAAAGUUAUUUGGGGGUUCAUGUUUUCUAUGAUUGACACUUGAUACAGCCUAUGGGCGUACGAAGAUUGCAUAGCUCACCCGGGGGAUACGCUGUUCGAGCCGAGCGUCAUCACAGCGACUCCUGAGCGCACACAAUGCUACUGCGCAAUGCUGGUUUCAGAAAGUAGAGAAAAAAAUGCGGAAUAAUACAGAACAAGCACUCUGAAGCUGCCUCCUUUCUCUAAAUAGAGGUUUCAGACCAUGCUGGUGUAACUGUGCAGCAAUAAGCCAUGAUGUCUAAGACUUGGCUGACAUUGUUUUAAACACGAUCAGUCUCGCAGCAAAUUUACCAGUAAAAUUUCUGCUAGCAGUUUUCAUGGGUCAGACAAUAAAGAAGAUCUCACAUGUUCUGAGGUAAGAUUUUAUUAGCUCUGGAUAUUUUCACUGAAGGUCAAUCAAACUCGCUGUUUCCCUCUAUUUCCAGUCUGUAUCUCUCAGCUAAUCGAAUCGCCGCCAGCUUCUGGCUUCACAUUGAAGGUACAAACACGAGAGAGGUAUUUGUUCCCUCAUCUGACUCUCAGUAAGAAACCAGAUUAGGCAUUUAAGUUUGAAUCUGAUUAUCACACAGGUACAGAGAGAAAGUAACUGGGCACUGGCUUUAACUAAACAUACAGUUUUGUGUUCACUCAGGGUCUUAGAGAAACAGAAUGCAGCGUCACUUCUUUAACCUAAAGCACAGAAGGACCCGGGGUCACAGUGAAUCCAGACUCGUGGAUCUAGUUUGACCGGCCCAUUUCCAGGAGCAUUGCAGAGAGACUGGAUCCAUAACUAAAGCGACACCUAAUCACCUCCAUACUCUUGCGCUGCAGUGAUGUUUGACCGAGUGAAGGUUGUUUGAGUUCAGCUUCAGUCUGGGGAAUGAUUUUGAGUUCGUAACAGUGUCGUCUGAAGAAUCCGCCCUCAAAAAGCUCACUGUGGUUUUAUUCAGGCCUGAUGAUUCAUGUAAGACUGGAUGCUUAUGUGUUUGAAAUACUCUCCAAAUGUAAAGUGCUUGUUUCUGCGACUGUGGUUUGGUUUGUCUCGUCUUUUAUAUUGUGUGUACGUUUCUAUUUGAGGAUUUAUCCCAGCAGCCUUCUGUAUGAGAUUUGGAGGAAAAGAAAAAAAAAGGUGUCAUGAAAAGAUGAAUGAAUGAUGCUUUGGAGCUUAAAUCUAAAUAAACUGCAUCCACUCACUGAGCCAAAUGGCUUCAAGCCUUUGAGAUGAUUUCCUUUUGCAGCAUCAGAGAUGUAAGAGCCGCAGGCAUUCAAACCAGAUGAUUCUGAGCGAUGUCAAAGCUGAUCAGCGCUGCGGAGAGUGAAGAUGAGCUAAUAAUAUCCAAGUCAAGUCAUCUUCAUCCUCCUGUCUUGGAGCGGAGCUGAUUCAGCUCAGCAGCUGCUGUACUGUAUGUGUGACUGGACGCACGUGGCUGUCAAACCCCGUCCGAUUGAAAACAGAGUUGAAGGAAGAAAAUGUCAGCUCGUAGGAAAUGAUGACCUUUCACCUGGUUACACACAGAGAAGGGAAAGAACAAACGGACCACCACAUCACAGCGGGCUUUAAUGUGCCCUCGCCUUUGAACGCAUCGCUGCCUUAUUCCUCCUCUUGGUCACAUAAUGAGAGGCUGGUCCUCCCUCUUUGACUGUCUCUCUGAAUUAAACCUGAUCUGCAGGAAUUUCAUUUAAACUUUUUAAACACAGGCUGCUUUAUUUCUCCAUCACUGCAAAAAGUUUUACAGGGGGUGCCAGCCUGACCACAGCCCCCAGCCGCACGUCUUCCAAUAUUUUCUUCUCCUAACAUUUCUCAUUUCUACCCGGCUGUCCUAUCAAAUAAAAGCAGAAUUAGCCAAAAACAUACGCUGAAAAAGCCUGAAGCGUUUGGGAGGGUGGGGCUUGGAUGGAGGUAAACACUCUGAUCAGCAAAUUUUUGUUUUCAACAUUAGCUAGGAUGACCAUACAUCCUCUUUUGCCCGAACAUGUCCUCGUGAGAUUUUUUCCUAGAAUGAAAUAGGGAAAUUCCUCUCACUUCUACCUCAAAUGCGCCCCCUCCUGGUUAAAUUUCACUGCAUCGCGGCCCACCCCCUAACCCUAAGCAAUCAAAUGGGUUGGCGGCAUGGAUUUCACUAUUUCAUCCUAGAGAAAAAAAUCCAGCAUCUGGGUUUGCCGAGAUUUGUCCGGGGAAGUGUAAAAAUCCUUCAAAUGUCUGGGGUUUUGUACGAAAGUUUUGAUUUUGUGUCACGUGACCUCACUGAGUUAGAAGUACAUAGAAGACACUCGAUCCGCCCCGAAAAACUCUCAAAAUCAACUUCAUGCGUGCGUAGUCGUGUCCUUGGAUGCCUGUAUAUGAUUUGCAAUCUCACAAAGAAGGACGAUAAUAAAACUAGCCACCAAGCUGCAGCCUUCAAUCUUGAGAAACUGCAGUUCCCUGACUGCCCACUGCAGAGGGACCAGAAACAACAUCCACACUGAUUUUGAAAAAGCGGUUUACAGCCUGGUCCAAGACUGACAGGCGAGAAGACUUGGCUACAUCUACAAAAGUUAUUUUAGCGCUUGCUUUGUCCCUGCUUAUAUUCAGACAAGGCAAGCGCUAAAAUAACUUUUGUAGAUGUAGCCAUCGUGUUUCCGAUCCACAGAAGACAUCGGAUAUAAACGAUUUCUGCUGACUUUGCAAAGUUACCUGCAGAAUUAACGGCGUUCUGAAUUAACGUGCUUUGAAAAGUCCCGCAGCAUGUGUUAGACGUCACCAUCUACACAUGGACCAAUCAGGGGCUGCCUUUCCCUGUUGUCCGGGUAACAGUGGAAACACAGUCACUGAUUGGCCCGGUUAUUUUCUGAUCGGGAAUACACGCUCCCAAUGGGCCGAAGUCCACACUGUUGUGGGAAGGAACGGCGAGUGAUUCACGCAUCAGGAUGGCCCGGCCAGGCUACCUCCAUUUAUAAAACAGAUAUGGUCGUAACAUGUGGCUCCAAAUGACUGCUUUUCUAAAACUGUGACAGCCCCACUUAAAAACCAGUAUUCGACUAUAUGCACAACAACUACGCUCUGUUUGUUGUAAUUUUUGCAUAGAAUAUAAAAUACUGUUUCAAGAAAUGAGAUUGAAUCAAUAACUUGUUAAUUCUGGUUUUAAGUAUCACAUUAUGCAGAACUAGUAGAACAAAAACCACCAGUAGAACAGGAUCAUCGUCUUAAUAUUGGUGCUGACAUGAUAACCUGUAACAGGUGUGAUGUUGUGACAUCAAAACCACCAAGCCAGUCCAAAUGUCUUGUCAGGGGAAAAAGAAAAUCAUUUACUUGACAGCAGAUGUUUCAUCUAACUGAAAGAGUUCCUUUUUGCGGUGUAGAGAAUAAUUUGCAUUAGAAAGAGCCUGCCAGCUCCCACAAUAAGUCACAGUUUGUGAUUUAAACGCUUUUUAUGCACAGAGUUUCUAUCAUUUAUUCAUGCUAAAGCACAACACGGCAAAAGGGAACAAGAAAAGACUCCUUAGUCUUUUUGAAAGUUUUGUUUGUAUCGAGUUGUCUAGGAAGGGAAAAAUGUUGCAAAUGUCUGGCACAGAAAACAUCAGCGUUGUGAUCUCAGAGACGUUUUGUCACUCGAGUCUGGUCUCCUAUCAUAAAAUCUCCAGAGUCGGCUACACACUGGGUAACCAUAAUCUGCUGUGACGGAGACUUUCCGAGCCAAAAUCACCGCGUUUAAUGAUCCAGAGACCCAGCUUUUAUUUUUUCCAAACUUUCUAAACCAAAAGACCUCAAUGAAGCUCGGAAACACGGUCAAACUGCUUCAGGACACAGUCACAUUAUGAACUUUUGUAUAAACAUCCAAACUUACAGUUAAAAAAAAAACUUAAAAACAACUACAGUAAGUUAUAAAAACACAGGAGAUCACUGAUAUACCUGAGAGCGGAACAGAAUAAGAUCUGAGUAAAACUGGGACUUUAAAGGUGUGGUUCAGAGAUUGUAGAGCCUCAAAGAUCAUGAACAUAAAAACAGUUUAUUUAUUUAAAAGUAAGGUCGUUUUUAGGGCAUUUCCUUCAUUUUUUUAGAGAUGUUACAUAAUUGUUGCUCUCAGUUUUCCCCCAAACUGUUCAGAUGUCACUAAUGUGUUUUUUAAAAGUUCUGUAAUGAUCUCUGCUUCAUACUAAGGAUUUGAUAAUGUCAGUGAACAAAGCUAUUUUAUCUAGAGUACAGCAAAACUCGACAUCCUCAUAUCCUCCAUCAGACACGUUUGAUUAAACCAUUCUCCCCAGAUGAAUCGUUAUAUUAAAAAAAAAACUCAGCUCUAAGCUCACACUGCUGACGGGACACAACAGAGGGAGAUAAACUGAUCUGUUAAGUCAAGAUAAGCAGCAGCCGAGGGUCAAUCUAAAAGUGAGUUAUGCCAUAUUUAUUUUAUGGAUUUUUGUGAUUAAAAAUGCAGCUGAUCCAUCCUUUCAUUAUUGCGUUGAUAAUGCCAACAAAAUACACAAAACUGCUGAGUCACAACACUAAUUUCUUACAUGGGCUGUCAUGAUAUUAAAAAGUUUGACUGUUUGAGGAGCAACCAGAAGAUUGGCUGAAACGUUGUUUUUUGAUUCACAAUAAAUCUUAAAAAGUCAACUAGCCAGUGAGGUAAGGUUGUUUCAGCUUCAAGACAGUCUGAUUUUCCCCAUCAAUUGGUAUGUUUGCCAUAUUUGAAAUGCUGGCCCAAACUAAGUUAGGAUCAAGUUAGUCAUAUAACUUAAUCAGCGGUUCGAGACUAACCCCCAAUUUUCACUGCAUCUGGAAUGGCUCCGAUCCAGAACGACGGCGAUUUUGGCUGUGCACCAAUUCCUGCCAGAUCCAUUUGUGAGGCAAAUUUCGUGACAGAUUACGGAAAGCAGGAAUCGUGGGAACUCACAAAAACCUGCGGAUUUACAUGUAAUCCACAGGUUAACAAGUUGUCUUUAGCCACAGAGGUUAACCAUAUAAGCAGUAGAUUGUGUCCUUCCAGAGGAGAAAAUCUACUUCUAGACUUCUAAAAUCAGCAUCCUCUCAUCCAUGGUGUCAUUGGGGUGAAAUGCUGUCUAUAAACCUUUCACUUGUUGUUCCCCGCUCAUUUGCAUGGUUUGAAAUACUAUCCGCCUGAAACACAGAGUGUUUUAUUUUGAAAAAGGAGCCGGAUGUUUUAUCUUGUGUCUGUCCCCGACUUCCUUUCCAGCACGGACUAAUCUGUGCUGAAUUUGUCCGGCACGCUCCAGCAUCCGAAAAAAUAGAACUCUUGCGAUCAGCUGCAGGAUCCGGUGAUCUGCAGUGGAACGGAAAGAAGUCGUCGGAAAUUGACACUUAAACUUGAAUGGUUACAAUCAGCUGCGAUCAGCGGAUACGGCCUUUUCGUAUCUGUUCCAGAUGCGGUGGAAACUGGGGGUAACUACGUCAAAAUCGUGUAUAACUCAUAGUCUUGACAAAAUCCAAACAGAUGAGUUAUGACGAUGAUGAGUUAAGUCUGGUACUGUGUGUAGGAAUAUAUCCAUACACCAAAUACCAAAAUCAUUAUUUUUGGACCAGGUCAGGAACAUGUUUGAUUUCGCUCUAAACAUAGGCAGUUUUAUAUGGGGCCUAACAAGGAUGCAAGAACUUUGAGAGCUUUCCUCUAGUGGACACUGGAGGAACUACAUUUUUUUCCUUUGCACCUCUGUAUUGGCUUUAUCUUUCUACACUUGAGCUUGCUGCCUGGUUGACCCAAGACCAACGUUAACCUUUGGACCUGACAUUGACUCUCCAUACAGAUUUACUGGAGCAUUAAGUGUUAAAUGAGCAGAAUAAUGUAGGCACUAACCUUAAUGUCUUCUUGAUGAAUGAACGAUCCUGACCACUCUCAGGUUCAGUCGUUUAUAGUCAAAGAGACGACACUCAUUGGAGCCUUUUCUGGCUUCCACGGUGGGUAACAACAAACAGAACAAUUGGUACCAGAUAUGGUCUCAGUGGGUCGUUUAAGUUUGAGAGAAGAGUUUACUUGAUUGAUAAUUUAAGACCUUAUUUUGACAAAUUAAGUUACAUGCAGCCUUGGGUUGUUCCUCGGGGGCAUGUGAAGCCGUUUUAAUGCAGCAGCUGAGAAGAAGUCCUGAUAAAAUAUUUAUAUAAAGUACAUUAGACCACUCUCAGUUCUUCUCUGUGCGUUUUGAGAAGCUACUAAACCAUAAAAGUGAUGAAUAUUUUCUGUGGCAGCUGACCAGCUGCUCUGGUGAGACUGUCUGAACAUCAGAUUUACUGAUGUUGUGUGUGGAUAAAUUGGUCAGUGGAGAUUUAAACUCAAGAACAGUGUAAAAAGGUCGCAGAGUAUUUUCUGUCAGAAGAAUGCUUCUGCGAAAUGAAACAACUUCAUCAUCGCUGGAGUUCCAGCCUGGCCUCGCACGGGUCCACUGGAGGAUAGUAAUCUGAAAAGAAAACAUCUGCCUCCCUUUUUUAAAUCUGGCAUCUGUUUUUAACGUCACACGGGAAAUCUUAGCCUUUAAAGAUUCAUUAAUUUUCAACUGGAUGAAUUUCCAGAGUUUUUGACUAAAGUACCUCCUCAGCUAAUCAAAUUCAAAUCAGGUUUUUGUCCUGUGUUCAAGUUUGUUAGCUGAAAUAAACACUGCAAAUCAUAGCUUUUUCAUUACGAUGUUUUUAGCAGACUGAUAUUGGCAUUAAAUGUAUCCUCACACUGAGACAGGCCCUAAAUGGAUUGAAGGCACACUUGGGUUCAUUUACUGGGUCUUAAUACAGGACAAGAACUUCACUGAUCUCCAAAAGGAAAUUCAUUGAUGACUAUGAAACAGAGUAUUUACCUUUUAUUUUUGGGCUGUCCUUUUCUUUAACUGUGAAAUUUCAACAGUAAAUGGCAUUUAAUCACACUUUUAAUCCCAUGUCUAAAAUUCCAUCAUUUUUCCUUUCAGACCAGUUUUUAAGCACACAUCAACUAAAUAAAAAAAAAAUUACCAAUGUAGAUACUUUUGACUACUCAUUGAUGUCCAGUAAUUCUUGGUAAAUGCAGUAUUACUUGUACUCUUCAGGAAUUCCAGUUUUGUUGCUCUCUCUGUUUCAUACUGGUCCCGUAUGUGUGAAACCAAGAAGCUGAACAACAACAAGCAGAGGACUGGUCUCAGUACGCCCAUCUGAAUAUGUCCCUUUGACAUUAACAUAUUCACCAAGAACUAAACCUGAUCUUUGGCUGUUUGUAGAGUUUAAGAUAAUGCUGUAAAAUAAAGUUUGUGAUGCGGUUGUAUCUUCGAUAAUUUGGUGAUAUUUUAGUUCUUUUAUGGACACGUUUGUCCAAAGCUACAUACAUUCCAGAGUAAAUAUCCCACAAUCAAACAUCUAGACAGAAGGAAACAUCAUCAGUAAGUGCCUCAAACUGGAUGUUGCGUGCAAUGCUGUUUAGAUUUUCUAAAAGAAAUGUGUGUGCCAAUUAAAGUGACAGUGGUGUUAUUGUUUACCAUCGUAGUGGCAACGGGUACAGGAGGACACAGUGUGCUUGAUGAGACAAAAUAGCAUUUACUCCAGUGUUUUGCAUUGACUUAAACUCAAACUGAGAGGUUAAGUGUCAGUGAAGCCGGUGAAGAAAAAGCUGUUUUUAAAUUUCAACCUGAAAUAUUUACUCAAAAGAUAAUGCUGCAUUUGGGUCUAUUUGACCAAAUUGCAUGUGGGGUGAUAGCAGAGAGUGAGUCUAAAGAUGAGAGCACUGCUGUAAUUACACACCAGAAUAGGGUCUUUAAUUAGCUGUGGAUCCGUAACCCACGCUAAUUAAUUAUUUAAUCAUUAAUUAAAUAGCAGAGGUGCUCAGUGAUUACUCAUGUUUCACUCCCAGUCAAAGCUUCUUAUCCUCAUUUUGUUGAUGUCUUAUAUAAGGUGGUUUUGACAUUUAAGGGUGAAUGUGUGUGAAUUCUGCCAUAACUCAGACACAUUCAAGUGACCUUACACUUGUUUACAUGUGAACUGAUUUCCUUUUCCUUCAUUUCUUUGAAGUGCAUAUACCACUCUGAAAUCUGGUGUAGAAUACAAGAAAGAUUAAACUUCUUACUAGUGUUAAUAUUUCAACCUGACUAGGUGUCGUUUACACUUUAUUAACAUCGUAUUAAACUGUUGACUUGACAAACCAAUCAUACAUGACACCAAAGAAACUGUAAAAAACUCUCAGUGGACCACAGUUCAGUCAUGCACUCCUCCUGUACAGAAGUUUACAGCUCCUGAACAGCCUGUUCCUGCUCUACCUACUUUCCAAUCCUCCUAAUAAAGACACAAACUCCCAAAAAUAAGAUUAAAAAAAAUAAAUACUAGUCCAUCUUCUGUUGACCCCAAUGGUUUUAAAUAAAUCUUUUGUAGCGUUUUGCUUUUUAUAAAUUUAGUUUGUUUUUUACAAGUGUUGUAUUUAGCAGUAUCUCACUCUGAAAAUGCUGUUUGUAGACUGUCUCUAACAUGUGAAAAACUUCUCACAGUAGCUUUAAUACUGCUAAAGUUUAAGUUGCACCUCAGUGGUCUCCCUGAAAACCUAAAACAGGAUUUGUUACUUUCUCUAUCAAACUUUGGGGCCUGCAAUGAAAGCUUCUUUGUCAUGUCACGCCUCACCUAAAGGCGGCCCUAUACGGCUAACAACUAUCCUCACAUUUUGACCCAUUAAAUCAACAAAAUACCUUCAAAAGUUCAUCAAGUGAUUUAUUGUGACAAAAGAACAAAACUACUAACUAAACACAAAGAACCCACAACUCAAAUGAGAGGCAGCAGGGCAGCAGUUCCCCACCAGAGUCUGAUUGUCACUUAGUGAUUUCACCUGGACAGCGAGACAAAAGGGGAAAACACACACACAAACACACAGCUGUAACAGCCGUUCAAUGUGUAACAUGUACAGCUGUUGUUGGUAACUUUAGACAAAUAGCCUCCCUAAAGAAUGAAGUUGUCACACUGAAGUUUUAAUGACUUUAUGGACAUAACCCUCCUAGUUUAGAGUAACCCCUACUUCAUUUGGUCACCACUACAAAAGUCUGACCACCCCAGUUAAAUGAGUCUAGCUUCACCACUGUGUGAUACCACAGCAAUAUCACAC